UUUUUGCUCGGCCGAGAAUGUAAUCGUUCCACGACGAACCAGUUGGCCGUUGGCGUUCGCUGUGUCACGUUUACGUUUGUCCCGCGAUCGUAGUCGUUUCAUAUUAUACGCUUGUAUAUUUAUUUUUCCAGUAUUUUUUUUUUUUUUUUCUAAAUACCGUGUUCUCAUAAUAAUUGUAACAUUGUACAAGUCAACUCGUGUCGUUCGUAUCCAUUUUGUUUUCGCUCUGACCGUGACGUAUAGCAGUAAAAAUAUAUAUUUAAAAAAAAAAAAAAAAAAAUUUAACAUAAUAAUAUCUAAAUACCCAGUGAAUUUAAAAGAAUAUUUAUUAUUAUUAUUAUUAUUUAAUUAAAUACUUAUACGUAAAUAAAUAUACCAGUUAGAUUUUGAUCGUAUAAUAAUAAUUACGAUAAUAUAAUACAGGUGUCACUUUUCGUGUUGUUUAAACCAAUAUCGGACUAAUAAUACAAAACUAUGUGCCCGAAAAGCUAUGAAAACACAAAUUGUAAGUAAACAAUAUAACGCUAUUAGUAUAAUACACCUAUAGGCGUACCUAGGUACUUGAUAAUUUUAUCAUACGCGUAUUGUGGGUACACGCGGGUAGGUAUGGCUUUUAGACAUUGGAAAAUAACGACAGGUUUUUCUCAUUUUUUUUCCCCCCACCUACUCACCCGUAAGAACGAAUAAAGUUGCACCGUUGUGCUAUCGCUGUAACAGAUAGGUUACUAUAUUAUUAUCGUGUUGAAAUCGCGUGGUUUUCAUUACGGUCUCCCUCGCCUAGAUGUCUGGAUAAUAUGCCGUUAUUUUCAAUUCGGCAACCGCUGCAAUUACGGCUGAUAUAAUUUGAUUGUUUGUCAAUAUUGGUCGAUCGUUGGUACAGUGGUUGCCCGUCGGCCGAAAAAAUGCAUUGCCCAUAAGGUAUGGGUUACCACCGUGUUGUAUAAUAUUUGUCCGAAUUCGCAGUUCUGUCGAAAAUUCGCGCUCGCAUAAUUUCACGGUCUACACCCGGCUAAAUUACUAUCCCAACCUCGCCCGUUAUCGUCGGACCUUCGGUAUAUUUUUUCAGCAUUGCGCUCACGCGUGUUAAAAAAUCGAAAUCAAAUAGAAUUCCGUGACGCAUCCUCGGCGUCCAUUUGCAAAACCGUCGGUGAAUCCCGUUGCCCGUCUCUGCGUACGCACGUCCCGUUGGCAAUAUUACAACGGUACAAUUACAAUUGUGUAUUUAUAUUGUACUGUUUUAAAGAUCAAACAAUGCAGCGUGUAUGACGUAAUUACAAUAUGCUUCGCAUCUCGCGUCGCAAGUGCGCAAUAAUGUGCUAUUAUUGUAGGGUCUUUGAAUCUCCGAUCAUAAAAUAAUCGUUACGUAAUAUAACUAAUAUAUUAUUAUAGUUUCAACGUUUACGCACGGCGUUUUUACACCGGGCGUCACCGGCACGCGGUUACUUGUCCGCGGUAUUUCGGAGGAAAAUAAAAAAAAAACGCAAAAAUGCGUCCGUCGUGUCGUUUUCGAAAAACCGUUUUUUUCGAUAAUAUUAUUGUGUACGCACUCGUACGCUCGUACCCGGCGUGGUGUUAUAUUUCGUGUGAUUGUCGUUGUACCUAGACCACUGUCUCGACUAUCGUUUUUGAUGAAACGCGCGUGCCGAGGGGUUUUUUUUUUUUUGCUGUUUUUCCCCCACUCCGUCCGGACGAUACGUAAUAUUGUUGUUACAGCGCGUUGUGUGUAGCGCGAAGAAACGUUUUUAUAAUUUAUUAAUUUUUUUUUUUUUUUCUCUCUCGAAGUCGAUACGGUUCGGAGAACAGCGAAUAUUAUACGAAUAAUAAUAAUAAUAUUAAAUACGGUUCACCGUAAUCAUCGUAUCAAUUGCACCGCGCGCGCCCGUGCGCGCGCGCGUCUUUGUCGGAUUACAAUAAUACACAUUGUACACUUUUAUCGCGCAGCGGCGUGUAAUUGCAUCGAUUGCGCACGAAUAACAAAACGCGACGUCUGUCGUGCAUCACUCCGUACGCUUCGAACGCGCGUGUGACAAGUAGACGUGUUGCACCCGUGUAAACACGCGGAGCCGUCGGGGGAGCGGAGCGCGGCGAGGGGAGGGGAAGGGGGCGACGCCGUAACGCGAUACGAUUCGGGGACGAGGAAACGCGUGCGGUAUGAAUCCGCGGGUAGUCGAUACGGGUUUUUACGGUUUUUUGCGGUCACGCCGCCCGGACCGCGGGCGGACGUGUGGAAACGGAGAUCAGAUCACCUCUUUUGUCUUUACGGCGUAUCGCGGCGGGGAGGGGUGGAAAAAAAAAUAAUUGCCCGUAAGAACGGAUCGCAUACGAGGGCGUUCUCUCUUUUCUGUGUAAAUACAGCGGAGUGGAGGGGAAGGAAUAGAACCCAAACCCUUUGUAUAAUUUUUUUUUCUUUCUUUUUACCGUCCGAGCUUCCUGAGCCCCCUGAGAACGUUUCGUUUCAACAAAUCCUCGUUAUUUUUCAUUGACAUUUUUUCUUUUUUUUUCAGAAAAAACUUCAUUUUUCCGUAAACCCAGAGACCUUGAUCUUGACGCGAUCGACGGUUUUCUCUAUAAUGUACACAUAUUACCUGCGUAUUAUUAAAUCAUAAUGCAGGGAUCAAAGUGUUUUACUGUUAUACAAUAUGUACCGUAAUGAUAAUUAUUUUUCACUCUUUGAACUCCUUCGCGCGCGGAUUAUAGACUAAUUGUAUUUGAUUACGUACACCUUUACCAUCGUCGUGAAGCAAUUUAUCAAAAUGUUUAGGUACACAUAAUUCAAUUUUGUUUCAGCAACUAAAAAACGGUUAGGUGUAGGAGAUAUAGGUACUUGAGUAUUUACUGACGUAGUGUUAUAGCAUUAUUGUUAUUAUUGAAUUAAGUAGAUAUGUGGACUUUUCUACAACUAUUAUUGUUAUUUUUUUUCAGAAUACCGGAGUCGUAAAUAUGGAAAGUACUUUAUUUUUAAAAAAAAAUACCAAGUUACACCAAAAUCUCGGUUGUUUAAAUUAUAAUCUAUAUGCGUAUCUACACCCGGAGUCGGUCAAUCGGUCAAUUAUUGUGUAACGAUUUGGUUCUAAUUCAAUCGGUUUAAAUAUAAAUUAAUUGUAGAUUUAGAUUUCACGUUUUAUAGCGGUUACCUAAUUGUAUUGGUAAAUGCGUAAACAUGUUGUUAAGUUGUGUAAUUUUCCGCGUGCAAUUUAGACAGUUAAGCGUUUUUCUACAAACUUUUAGCGGACAAAUAUGCCAAGUCUAUUAUUUCUAGAAUGAUGGCUGUAACUAUUCAGAUUAUUAUAGUCGGUUUACAAAUUAAAUUUAUAACUAAUAAUACUCAAAAACUUAAAUGUUUAGACGUGUGCAUUCACGAGCUGCGCUAUAUAUACGUAUCAAACAUCAUCAGUAUUUAUUUUUAUCAUGAGGGAGAAGGGGGUUAUUAUUAUACGACCGAAAAAAUUAUUUCACGUCCAAGUAAUAACAAUAAAUGUAAACACCUUUGUUUUUCUUUAUUUAAACUGCUUGCUUACGUAUAGUAGUUGGGUAUAAUGGUUAAAGUGGGGAAACAGAGUUUUCCUUAUUAUUUAAGGUAAAGUUAUCAGUCAUCUUUAUAGUUUAAUUCUUUGAAGUCUAGGGGGACGCUUUAGUUAUUGUCAAUAAGACUUUUUUUAAAAUUUGAAAAAGUUUAAUUUAAAGUAUAUUCUUUAAUACCUAGUAGAUUAUGCGUAAUUAGACUCUAUUUUAAUUUAUUUUUAUUGAACAGGCAUAUGAGCAGGAUAAUAAUAUUAUUAUAUAUUAUUUUAGGGGAGGGGAUGCAUUUUAUUUUUAAACCCUAUUAGCGUGACAUUUUUAUGAAUAAAUAAAACAAUGAAUAAAAAAAAUUUGAAGACUUGUCCCUAUGAUGAAACCCUCCUAAAUUUUCGUUAACUAUAACUUUAGUGGCCCGACGUGUAUAUAAUAAUAACGUCUACAAAUAAAAUAAUGUACUUAAAUUAUGUAGAUAUGCCUACAAUAUAUUCGUAAUAUUACUAGUUGUACGCCGUCAUAUACGACGGAUUAUAACUGUCAUCGAACAGAUAGUUUAAAACGACUAGUGCUAAAUCGAAAUUCGAUAAAUUUUUUUUGACAACAACUUUUUCACAUACUAAUUUUAAUGAAAAGUUUUAACCAAAGUUGUAUUUCGUUACAUAUUGAUUUGUAGAUAAAUAAUUUAUAAUAUAAAUGAUAUUUAACGAUUAAAGAUCAACUGACGAUAAUGUAUCGUUAUGUAAUAAUUUACCUACGUCAAAAUUUAAUAAAUUAAAAUUAUUUUUAAAAUAGAUGCAAAUAUGAUUGUUUAUUUUUUUCUUGAAAAACUUAUAUUUUUGAUAAUAUUCUCCUCUUUAAACCGCGUUAUUUGUGUUUAAACUCCAAUUUACACCUAAACGCCACAAUUUAAGAGUACACGAGUACAUGAGAAAGAGCGUUACAGACGGUUCACGACUUUUAUAUAUAAGAAGAUUAUUGUACGUACCUAUAUUUAUAUUAUAUAUAUAGUUACUGUAUACAGUAUACACAGUACACAAGGUCGUUGAAAGUUUUCGAUUACAAAACAAUGGUACCUAAAUUACGUAAUUUUCUGUAUAGCCGAUUACCAUUUUUGGAUAUUAAAUUUCAGAUGACCCCGAGUUUGUAUAAAAAUAUAAAAUAAUGGUUUUAUAAUAAUAAUAAAGUAUUAUGUUGUGUUACGAGUUUUUCCGUAGACUCCUAUAUAGGUGUCUAUGGAAAAACUCCAUAAAUAUACUAUAAUGGUUUAUUAGUUUUUAAAAAAUAUCUCUUUGUUAACAAUAUUAACGAUGAGUGCAGGCGCAUAGCUAAACAUUUAUUUUAAACGAAGAGGUGGUGGUUUAAUUUCAUAUUCAAAUAUAACUUGUGAGGUAGGAGAGACGUCUUUCAUGGAGUCAUAGAUCAUAUUCAUUAGAUAACCAAUAUCGAUGGUUAGGUUGAUAUGGUUAGGUUAUAUUAUUAUAUUAUAUAAUAUAUCUUCAAUCUUCAUGAUAAAUAAUAAUAUCAAAUAUGAAAUAAAAUAAUCGAACUACACAUUUUGUAGAAAUCCAAAGCAAGUAGUAUAUUAUAUAUUUUUGCUUAAAUAUGACCGAGGGGGGAGUGGAGUUUUAACACCUAAAGCACUUCCCUCUUGCUACGCACUUGGAUAAGUGAAUUCGCUACAAUUAUGUUAUUCGUUUUUGUUAACUACAAUUUUAUGCUCUUGAAAUAUUUUUAACUCGCAAAACAUAUUGUAUUUGGGCGUAAAUAUUUCUUUGUUAUACAGAUAAUAUUAUAAUGAUCCACAACUAUGGGAAAUCAACGAUUAAUGCUCGUCUAAAAUUCAAAACACCAUAACCGUAAUAUUUUUAAACUGUUAAUCACAAAUUAUUUACUUAAAUAAUAUAUCACUCAUGCGUAUUCAAAAAAACAUAGCAUAGGUACCUGUAUACCUUUUAUAUUGACGUUUGAACAUUUGUUUUUUUUGUUUUUUACAUAGGCAAAAUAUGUUUAAUAUUUAUUAUACCGUUAUCGCGUAAUAGUUUUAUUUACAAGUACUUUUAUCAUGAUUUGUUGUAUGUUGAAAAUUCGAGAAUAUCUAAUAAUUUUAUUCUGAAUAACCCUUGGAAUAAUCGGACUAAAUUUCUUUACAUUUCUUUAUAUUUACCAUAAUAAUAUGUGCACGUUCAUCGCGUUAGAAUAAUAUUUAUUGUAAUUUUCGACAACAGUCCUCUACUAGAAUAUUAUGAUGUUUAUACAAAAGUGUCUAAGAAUAUUUUGUCACUCAUUUAAACAAUGUCGACAUUUUCUGUAUUUUUAUUCGCUAAACAUCAGUGCAUUUCGAAAAAUCAACAGCGUCACAUUAUUCGCUAUUUUUAUACCGUAACCACGGUGACCUGUAAAACGCAACAAUUUAACUAUAUAAACUGCAAUAGUAGCAAUAAAGUUAUUCAUAUUAUCUGAGUUAUUAGUUAUUUUACUUAACUUACUAAUCUAAUACAUUAUUUUCUAAAACUUGGAACGUGAAAUGUAACGACUUUGUUAAAAUUGGAAUUUAAACACAAAUAAAAAAAGUAUAGAGACGAAUAUUUUCGAGGGUUGUAAGUUCUAAAAAUUGAAUCUAAUUGAAUUGUCAUUCAAAAAAGUUACUGUAAUAAGUUUUUGAACUAAUUUAAACUUUUUAAAUAGGUAGCUUUAAUUAUUUAAAUUUUGUUAUUUGUAAUUAAACUUUAAUAUCGAUGUUAUCGCUACAAGUUUGUUUUACUUUUAAGUUAUACAAUUUCGCCAUUGUAAGAUUGAGAUGUCAUUAAGAUAUACCAAUAUGCAUACACGAAUGUAUAUUAAUCGUUGCAGUCGACUUUUAUUAAAUGAGUGUGAUUGAACAUUGACGUAUAGUAAAUUAUUGCCAGUUAAUCUUUAAUCAAUCAAUACCAUUAAUCCAUAAGUUAAUGCUCAGUUGUGUACGUAAUAAUGAUUGUUUUGAUGUUAACACCGAAACAAAACGUUGGUCAAACUGUUUGGUUUGAUUAAAAUUCGUAAACAAGUUAUAGCCAUAAAGAUUUGCAUCAUUUGGAUUUAGCACUAACCAUCUAAAAAUUCGUUUGAUUAUACCGGUAUAUUCCAAUAAUUAUAACAGUAUAUCAAAAAAUUUAUUGACUUGAAGUUAGUACAAAGUUAUCCCCUCUAUAGUCCAUACUUAUUUGUUACCAUAAGUAUACUUUUCUAUACUAUUUCUUAUCAGUUAUCACAGUGGAUAAUUCAAACUGAAUAGUUAAAAACUUCACACUUCAAAAUUAAUGAUUUAAACCAGAGAAUGUUUAUGGAUUUUUUUUCGAAAAUCCAAACCGGCAAGUAUAUUGAAAGUGCGUUAGCCCAUAAAAAGGGAGCACUUCAUAAAAGCAUAUACUCUGUUAAAAUGAGUUCCACUUAUCAUUUAAUUUUUUAAAUAUUUUAUCUGAAGCACUAUAAAAAAUAUCUAAUAUUAAAUGUAUUAACAUUCAAUUUAAAUGAAAAUCGUGAUGUUUAUAAAGAUUAUAUUAAGCAAAAUAUUGAAUUUUGUGGAGACAACAAUGUAGAAAAUAAUUCAUUCAUACAAGUUAUGAUAAUUUGAUAAGAAUAUGAAACAGGGGACUGAUCGUGAUGGGAACAUUAAGAAAAGAGGAUUAUUAUAAUCCGGUAUAAUGCCAGUAUAAAAUAUUUGACCUAUGUUGCAGUCAAAAAAACUAUACUGGUAUAUAACAAACAUUUUGAAUUGGUACCACCAACAAAUUGCUUUAUUUACGAGUACAUCGAUAUUAUUUUUAAAGGGAAAUGUAUACUUGUAUAACCAAAUUAAUUUCUAGCAUUUUAAACAUUUAAAUGACUCUUAUAAUCCCGUAAUAAUAUAUAUAACGGGCAUAUAACUAUAAUAUAAUAUUAUGUUUAACUGAUACCUGCGUUAGAUAUUACCUAGUUUUGUAUUAUUGAAACUGUCCGUGGACAAUAUAAUAAUACAAUAUCCGAGGUAAUUUAAAUAUCGUAUACUUAUAUAAAACUGUAUUAACUAAUUAUUAUUUAGUUUUACUAAUUCAUUGUUAUUAUAUAAUACUAUUGUCUUUCCAAAACCAUAUAAUUAUUGUAAGUUAGUCAAAACCAUCAUUAUAUAUAUAUAUAUAUUUAUACUAUUUAUACUGUAUUAGUAAAAAAAUAAAAUUGAAAAAUUAAGUAUAGGUAAUAGGUAUAUAUAUAUAUAUAUAUAUUUUGGUAGACGAGUGCAUAGGUGCGAUUAGGAGGAAGCUAAUUGCCCUAAAAAAAAACUUAUCAUCAAUUUAACUUUUAUUCGUUUUACUCGUAUAUAAAUACAUACAUAGUGUGUAUCGCGAAAAUCACCUCAAAUUUAAAAAUGGAAAUUUCGUCUAUACUCUUGUGGUGUAAUAAUUAUCUUUUAUCUUUGAUCUCAGGGAAGAACGGCCUUAGUCAAUUUUAUACAAUUUCCAUUAAACAAAAAUUAAAUUUUGAAAUGUUGAAAAAUGAUAUAUCAGCAUAAUUGCUACAUUACUAAAUUAGUAAACGGCUCAACUAAAACACAGUCUAAAUGGCUUAACCCAUAUAAUUAUAAAUCAUUAUAUAUUAUGACUUACAAAAUAAUUAUAAUGUAUAUUAUAAUUAUAUAUCCAUUGCAUAUUUUUUCAAACAAAAAGUAUAUCAUGUAAUGACUUAAGAUAUUUUAAUUUUCACUGUUUUCAGUAUAAGAUGUGUUAGAAUAUAGUAAUAUACAAUAUACAUACACGUAUGAGAUUAAGAUAAAAAAAAUAAUAAAGGGAUAAAACAUAAGAUGCAAUUAUGUAUAAAAAAAAAAAUGCCAUACAAUUAUUUAAGUCCUUCACCAAAUACUUAGGUAUUUUACAUACCUAAUCAUCACGUGUCAGUCUUAAAAUUUAAUCACGUCAAACGAUUUCAUACUAGUGAUGGGUAUUUAUUGCAUCGAGAAGAAAAAUACAAUUAUAUAAUUUAGUAUCGACAGUGUCGUAUUAUCGGGCGUAGGUGAAUUGAGUCCCUAACGAAUGUAUCGUUUUUCAAAAUCGGUAAAUUGAGUCCCUCUUGUGAAAAUUAAUUCGGUAAAUCGAGUUCUAUUUGAACUAUGAUCAAAUACUGUUAUUUUAGAUUCUGAAUGGAGCGAGGAAUGUAUAUUGGUUUUACAAUAAUGUUGGUAAUAUUAUUAUUUUUUUCUGCGAACAACUUUUAUACCAGAAAUUUUUGCUCCAAUUUUAAAGUGCAGCGCCUUUCCUGAAAGAAAAUUUUUCUAGUUGCUAUUUAAAAAAUGUCAUUUUUUGAUUUCGCAAUUGGUUUUCAUAAUAAAUGAGAAAACCCGUAGGAAAAAUUGGAAAAUUUACGAAAUGUAUUUUUUAAAUCGUAAAUAUAUCACGGCCUGAAGUGUAUAACCAAACUCCGCUCAGAAUAGUUUUUCGAUGAUUAAUCGUUGCAUACAUUAAAUAUAAGAUAUACAUUAAAUUAAUUCUCUUCUACCUUUUCAACUUCUUAUCUACAAAAGUGGUCCACCCAUCGUGCGAAGUCCGUUUGUUCGUUUGUUUUUAUUUAAUACUUUUAAUAAUAUAAAUAAAUGUGUACUUUUAUCAAUUAAUCACCCACAGAUUUAUCGGUACGCCGUUUCAGACAGACGCGUUUUACAAUAAUAAUAAAACCAGUAGACAUGACUUUGAUAAUCUUGUUUCAUUUAAAUAUUUACCCGUUUAAUAUUGACAGUAUUGUUUAUCAUUACUGUUAUUAUUGACAAUAUUCAUUGUUUAUUAUGCAAAGGUAUUAUUUAUUUAGACAUUAUUUUAAUACAUGAUUCAUUAUUCUUAUUUAUUAAUUAUUAAUUUACCACAUCAAAUAUUUUAGACGCGACUCAAUUUACCGUUUUAAUUUGUUUAGUUCACCAAUUUCUCUUUUUUGGGCGUUCAGUUUACAUAGAAAUUUAAAAAUUUGGAUUCAAUUCAAAUUAUUUGAAUUAUCAAAUUAUUAUUUUUAAUUGUAUCAAAUCCGGUGUCGUCGUACAAAACAUACAAUUUACAAUAUUGAAAUAUAAUAUCGUUUCUUGACUCCUACGACCCACCGAAAUAAUUGAAUUAUCAUCGCCGCCGCGGGUAUUUAUUACAAUAUUUAAAUGGAUAUUUAUGCGGUACUUACACAUGAAACUAUACAAUAAUAAAUAGAAUAUUUAACGCGAUCGUGCAACUUAUAACAAAACCGGUUAAUAAAAGUACACAUUUGUUCGAACACGUCAUAAAAAAAAAAUUACACCGCUAAUCAUUAUCGCCCAUUAUAUUAUUUUUAUUUGGCAGUAUUGUAGUAUAUUGUACAUUUAAAUAAUUUCCUAUUUCGCUUUCAAUAUUAUCGGUCGAAACUCGAUAAAUUAUCGAUUGUCCAACUAUGUGUCUGUAUGAUGGUAUAACUGCACGUAAAUUGCGUUUUUAUUCAAAUCAGUGACAGGUUUUUUUUCCUUUUUUUAAUUUUUAAUUUAUUUGCCAAAAAGUAUAUUGGUACAUAACAUAUAAUAUAUGUUAUCCAUAUAUUAUGAAAACAUGUAUCUACCUAAAUGGAACUUGUUCGAGUUUAAUCUAUAAAUAUCGAUAAAUUCGUAGUUGUACGAAAAAAAAACGAUUAAACGGAAUCGCGCAUUUGUCAUGUUUAUAUCGUAAAUGAUAAUAUUUUAAGGUUGAAAUAGAAAAAAAAAUGAUUACGCAUAUAUCUCUGUGCGUCGUUCAAAAAACAAAUAAAACAAUGAAAUAAUUAUUGUGGACAUGACAUAGCGGGGGAUCGACCGAUGAAUUAGUUUUUUUCGUGAUUAAGUCUCUUUACUGAUUUUAAUGCUGGACGAAAAUCAAAAACGACUAAACAUAUUAUAUAGUAAAUCUGAAAGAAAAAUCUCUGGGAAAUUCGUUUCUAAUUCUCGAGUUUAGAUGCCAAAAGUCAAAAACUAACCUUUUAUAUCCCCGUAGGAACACUAAACAGUUUCACGUAAUAGGUACAGCUCGAAAAAAGAGUCCGUUUUUAAAAACGCAGUUUUGUAAAGGAAAAUUCUAAAUAAUUAUUUAUACAAAAACACGAUAAGUUGUUUUUAUUUCAAAAAAAUAUUCACUUCAAAACUAUAUUUUCUUCGCUUAGGUUAUGUUAGGUUAGGGUGUUAUUGGUUAUCGGAGGAGUCUUGUUUGUCAAUAUAUUUGAAUCGUUUUUUAUAUAAUAUUAUUAACGAUACAAACGCGUCCGGUAGUGUUAUAAUAUUAUUUAGGUAUAGAUUAGAUCAGUGUUUCUCAAAACAUUUUUCUUUUUGAACUUAGGUUUUCCCAGGGCACCCUUGUAAUUAAUUGCAAUCAAAAACCGAUUAUGAUCGGAAUAAUAUUAUAGUUGUGAUGUUUGUCUUAUUAUAUAGCUACGGUAACCAAGGUAAAUAAUACGUUGUAUCAACAAUUCAACAAUUUUUAUUAGUUUUUGUUUAAUCUUAUAGAAAAAAUGUCGGGAACCUAGACAUUUUUUUAAAAUAAAGUAUUACUGGGCAGUGACGCCAAAAUUAUUUAAAAAUACUUGGGUGAACAACGCAAUACUGUAUUAUAGUGGUCUUCUUUGACUGUAAUAUAUUACAUAACUCAUAGUAUUAUUUUAGAUUUUAAGCGUAGCGAGGGAACUAUUGGUUUUACUAAGAUGUUUGUUUCUUUUUAAAUUUUUUUAUUCUUCUAGGCUGUGAACACGUUUUUUCCUAGUAAACUUGCUGCGAUUUUUACGCGUAGUAACUUUUCUGAAAGCUCAAGUUGUCUAAAUUGUACUUUAAAAUCGUACUUUACUUUCGACGCUAUUUUUUAAAUAAAAGCACUUAAGUGGAAAAAAAACGUAGGAAAACGUGUAAUUUCACGAUUUCGUUAUUUUAUAAAAACACGGACGAUGUUUUCUAUCAGAAAAAAAUAAUUUAAUCGAAAAAUUACAAGAUACCUUUUUUGUUCACUUUAUUACGGUAUCAUCGCCAAAACUUUUGGGCCACUUCUGAGCUUUUAAGGAAUUUUAACUUUCAGGUGUUUUUUUACUGUAAUUCGAUUAUAAAUACAGGUAGAGACUUGAAACAUGGUAAUAAUACUUAAUUUUGACUUACCCAGACUUGGUAAAAUUUUUAAAAUCAUCGGACGACUUUUUAAUUUUUUUACAAUGUUACAUUAUUUUUUUUAUAUAUACUGACCUAUGUAGACCUAGUAGAAAACUUACUUCGAUGUAUAAGUGUAGCACCUUUUCUGAAAGUUAAUUUUGUCUACUUGGUAACUACCAUAGAUCAUUUUUUAUUCUUCUAAACGGUAUUUAAAAUAAAAAGGAUUAAUUGGGAAAAUAAAUACGAUUUUAUCACGAUUUCGAUAUUUUAAAUAAGUACUUACCACGUUUUCUAGCACAAAUAUGGCUCCAAUUGAAAAACGACAAGAGGCCUUUUUUAUUGAACUAUUAAUCUUGUUUUUAAUGAUGAAGUUCGUUUUUUUGGUUUUCGAAUUAGUUUUCAUAUUAAUCAGGAAAAUACGUAGGAAGCUUAGAUUAAAAAAAAUUACGGCACUUCAAAUUAUGUAUUAGCGAACUGCGCCCAGAAUCGUUUUUCAUCAUCAAUGGUUUAUCGUUGCUUACAGAUUUAAAUGAAAUAACCUUAGACAUCCCACCUUCUCCACUUCCAACCUACAACAGUGGCAGCACUCAUCCCCAGUAUCAGCUCAUUUUUAUAGAUAUAUUUUUUACAAAUACCACUCAUACUAUGUAUGUAUAUUUCCCACCACUAUCAUCACUCACCCGCCCCCUACCACCAAAAAAACUCGAGUUCGCUACUAUUACUGGACAUUUACAUCGUUUAAGGUACAGUGCAAAUAAUUUGAGGCAUUUUUACUAAACGAAAGUAUUUUUUGAGAAAACUUAAAAAAAAAGCCUCACCGUUUCCGUUAUCAUUUGGGUUUUAAAUUCGUUUUCGGACCAGUAAAUAUUCGAAAUAGUGACGCGGCGUCCCUUUACAGACACCGCAGCGGCCGCCUCGAGGUACAUUUUGGAAACCUUUGGGUCAAGUCGUGCUAUUGCCUAGGCGAAUUUCAUAACAGACGUUAUGGCCGAUUCACACGAUUGCAGAAAAAAAAAAUAAAAUCGAGGGUAAUUUAUUUCGAUAACGCGUACAUAAUAUUAUUAUUAUAAAAUUAUGCAUACACACACACAAAAUAUUGUAUAGUCGUAGUCGUAGUUGUGCAGAAAUGACCUAAUAACGUGCGGCCGUCGUCGUGCCAUUACAUUAUACUAUUAUUAUUAUUAUUAUUAUUAUUAUUAUUACGCAGAACUGUUUGUAUAUAGUAAUAUUAUUAAUCGUCGUUGGUCGCGUAGCAGCCGAUAACCGUAGGGAACCCGGGAAAAAUGUACACCAUAAAAAUACGUAUUACGGUUACAGCAAGUUGUAGAGCGUACAGAGCGAUAUUUUUCCCAUCGUGAUCUGGUUAUUCGUCUCGGCGGAGGUGUUCGAGUGAGAUUGUUACGGAAUAGCCCGCGUUUAUUCGUUCCGACAAUGUUUGCCCCUCUCCUACUGCCCUCCGAUUUUCGUAUUAUCACUUUAGACGAGCAUACGGACGCAUUUUUGCGAAUUGACGAACAGCCACUCCCGCCGUCGGGCCCCGUUUACAUUACGCGGUUUUGAGCUUCAACCGGUGCAGAAUGCGAAUAUGUAAUAACAUAUAUGUAUUAUAAUAACGCGCGCGAACGCGUGAGACAUUUUGAAAUAACUAUUGCGAAUACGGUGUUAUAACCGAUCGUUUUACCCGCAACCGUCGCCGGACCGUGACGAGAACGAAAAAAAAUCACUCUGUAGCGUAAACGUGCUGUCAUAUUUUUAAAUACGUAUCAUAAAAGCGUCUGCACGCCGUGCGCGUACCGUGUAUACACGCGGGUACCUAAUUAAUCAAUUAUUAUUCGCAACAAUUAGACAUUUCGGUAGGUACAUAAUGUUCUGUUAUCGGUAAUAAUUCCCGCCGUACGACACACGCGAGCUUUACACGCCCAUAAUAAUAGGUAGUCGCGUCUGUGUUAAAUAAUAAUUUUUAAUCGACACGAUUGUACAUUAUAAUAUUAUAAUAAUAUAGUAAUAACAAUAAGUAAUAAUGAGUAAUAGCAUUAAUAAUAAUAAUAAUAAUAAUAAUAAUAACAAUAAUGGUUUUAACCAGUCGAUGGCGGGCGAUAACCGAGUAACCGCCGACAACGCUACGUAUACACAUAACGCACACUACACACGGUUUGCGAGCGUGUGUGUGUGUGAAUGUUACUACUACACACAGACUUUUAUGUGCUUGUAAACACUCCGCCGACUGGUUCUGGGUUACGUAACCGUGUGUAAUGUGCGGUUAAACGUGACGCCGUGUAUAGAAGGGGUACCUGCUCACGUGUCGCGGGGAGGGGGGAAACGAUGACGGUGAUUUGGCGGGCGGGGGGGAUGUGUGGACGACACACGUGCGCCUACUCGCGAUGAAUACGAUCGCCUAGCGACCGGACUGGUUUCGAGUUUAUCCGUAUUGUUAACUUGCUAUGGCGUAUAGGUUAUAACAGGUGCCUAAAUAUUAUGUACUUAUAUUCAUGGGUGCUCGGAGGGGGGGCAAGACGGGAAAUCUACCCCUUUUUGGGCUUUAACAUUUCAAACAUUAUUUCAUUUUAAGUACUUUUUGGUGUUUGAUUUUAUAGCCCCCCCUCUUAAAUAACAUUCUACUGGUCUUAGAAAGUAAGCAAAACAAAAAAAAGGUCAAUUUUCCUACGGGCGCCCAUAUAAAUAAAUUACACUUUACUUAUACUAUACGUACUUCAUUGCGGUGCACCACCAUUGUCGCUACAUUUUAAUAAAAUAAAAAUAAUGUGUUCUCUACAAUGAUCGUUAUAUUUGUUUUUUGUUUUAUUGCGUAGGGCUCUAUAGAAUCCGAUUUUUUAAAAAGCAGUGCGUAACUUACGUUUGACUUAAAAACGGAACAUUUUUUGACCUUUGUCAACCGUAUAAAAUGCUGCACCUUAAAUACUCGGCUGUCAUACCUUAAUAACGUCACGGAGAUAAACAAUUUAAAAAAAAAAUCUACCACAGGAGUGUAUUUAAUAGCAAAUGAAUUUGUUUAAGAGGAAAUCAAUGAGUCGGUUGUUUUUCUUUAUGCUAAUAAACCAAAUUUAGUGGCCGAUAUAAUCCGAAUAACCGUAGGAUAUAUUAUAAAUCGUCAUGACCUAACGCUCAUUAUAUGAUACCUUACCACUCAGAAAUCAGCGAAUAAUUCGUAUGUUUUAAUGUGUGCGCGGUGUCCGAAUGUUUGCAGGUUAAUGCCGUUUGCCAUUCACGAAACGGUAGAAGUUGGUAAAAUAGAUUUUAUGGCCGAAGUGGCAACGAAUGACAAGUUCUCCGGUCUAUACAUCAGUACGUAUGGCGCCGAACAACAACAGCAGCUGCAGCAAGAGCAUCAAAAGCGCGACGGGGAACUGCUGUUGCGGAUACAAGGUUCUCGUGGCGCCGGCUACGACAAUCUGGACGCGUACAUCGAGUACGCCGAUUCGCUGGCCAAAUGCGGCCGGGUGUGCGAAUCGUUGGACCUGUACGCCCAGUGUUUUCGGGCCGGUCCGUUACCUUCCAAUUUCCUGUGGCACGUGACCUCGGCGUUUCUUGAACUGAUCCGACUGCAGGUGGCCGACGACAAUCCGGUGAUUCGGCCGGAACAGCAGCACCACCAACGCCACGGACAUUUGCAAAGCUCGUCGCCGUUGGGUUGCGGCGUCUGUGACCUGGUGUUCCGGGAUCCGGUCACGUUGCUGUGCGGUCACACGUUCUGCCAGGGUUGCGUGACCAAGCCCACCGUGGUGUGCACCGAGUGCGGUGAACGCACGCCGUACCAGCCACACGUCAAUGUGUUGAUCAAAUCAUUUGUGGAAAAACUGUGGCCGUCCCAAUGGAGGGCAUCCGAAUUACUAGCCGAGGGCAAGGCCCUGUACAGACAGGACAAGUUCCACUCGGCCCUGCUCAAAUUAAAUCAGGCGUAUUACACGGGUAAGUUUAACAUUUGUUAUUCUAUUUUAAAAAUAGAACAGAGGUUGAGUGUAUCAGAGAUGAGAAUGCUCAGGUUGAUGGGUGGAAUGACGAAAGAAUAUUGGAUAAGGGACGAGUAAAUAUGUGGUAGUAUUUGUAUGGCUUCGUUAGUAGAAAAAUAAAAAUCAACGUAGGGGGGAUGAGAGGAAGAGGGAGACCGAAAAAGAGAUUUUGGAUGCGAUUGUCAAUAAUAUGAAGACACUUUAGAACAGUCAGUGUAUGUUAGGUGGGAUAUUGGUUCAAGGGAAGGUUUAGGACGGGGAGGAGGGGUGAGGGGUCGACCUCCAAUAACUGGGAUGAAGACGAAGGAGAAAAAAAGAAGAAGCGUUCAUGUAUCGUAACAAAACAGAAAAAAAAGUCAGCGAAUAACAUUUUUUUUACCGUCAAAAUAAGCAAAAUAAGCAAAAAUAACUGUUUUUGAAUUUUAAUAGGUAGGUAUAACGUUAUUUGAAAUCGCUGUAGCGACGUGACGCAUUUAUAUUUCUACAGUGCUCUGUUAGGUUUUAUGUUGAGUCAAAAACAAAAAGUAAAACGCGUUAAAAGUCCCGAACCCCGCUGUUUGUUAGUAUAAUAAAUCGUUGUACAUUUAUAUUAUACCUUUUCCCCCCCGUCAUCAAUCAUAUCAUAAAUAACACGAAAAAAAAGUACUUUUUUAACCGGUCUCCGGCAGCGAUAUGAUUUCCGGUUUAAUCUCCGACCAAACGUCCUGAACCCCACGGAUGUAGAUCGCGUAUACAGAGCGUUACGUUUAUCAUGAGUAUACAGGGUGACUUUUUUAAGGGUCGCUAUUUGAAAGUCUAAAGUUGAUAAAAUAAUAAGUCUUGUUUACGACUGAUGGUAAAAUUCCGAGAAUAUUAUAUAAAUAUAUAAGAUUAUUAUUCAAAUGAUACCAGUGGUGUCGACUAGAAUUUACAACGGGAGGACACGUAUUUGGUAAAUAAUUCAUAAUAAAUAAAAUAUAAAUCGUUGAAACUUUUUUUAUACAUCUAACCGGACGGUAGGAAUUUUUAUUUUAACAAUCGGAUUCGAACGAGUCAAAUUUCCAUUCAAUAAAUCAAGCUACUCCAGUGACAUACAGCCAGUCGUUAUAUUUAUGGGGUGGGGGUGGGAUGAAAGUGCGGUUGCAGUGUUACGUUUAGACGGCGUAAUAAUAUGGAGUUUUAAUUCGAUAAAAACGCUAUAAUUAUCAAUCGUGCGGCAAUAGUAUAAUGAAAUAUUAGGCGGUUAGUUAUUUUAGGGAGAUGCGGUGACAAAUAACCCCCCCCCCGCGCGGGUUUGUGAAUCAUGAUGAUUUUUGUAUACUCAGUGAAUUUUUAUCGAAUGCCGCUCGGCACUUAUAUGCAGUUACAGCCGAAAUACAUAUAUAUGUACCUACUUUUGUCAAGAUAUUAUUCAAGAUAUAAUUUGAUCAAAUUUCAUCGUAAUCUCUGCCUAUUUAUAGAUAUUAUAUACGCCGGUUCAUGCGAUAAAAUAAUCAAUGUGAUACUAUUGUUAUUUCACGUGUCGCGUCGCGAUGUGACCGUGACAAAUAUUGUGCAAUAUAACGGCGACGGACACAAAAAAAAAUUGGUCAUGUUUCGUGCGCGUCGUUGCCGCGGGAAAUACGGAACGGGAGUUCCGUAAGCUCGUUUUUUUUUACGGUAUCUAUAGAGCGACAAUGCAAUCGUUUCCGGUUGGUUUUUGAUUACGAUAAGAUUUUGAGUUGAAAAGUUGUUUACAAACGAAAAAUAUGCGCUUGAUUCAUAAUCUAAAAAAAAAAAAAUUGUCAUAAAAAUAUUUAUGAGCAAUAAAUGCUCAUAAUUAAAUACUAAUAAUAUACUUUAAUACUUUACAUACAUUAAUUAUUAAUAAGUGUAUCUACUUACCCACUAAAAAACAUUAUUGACAUGUUUUGACUAUAGCGUAUUGAACACGAAAAAUAAAAAUAAAUCAAUACGAUUAAACUAUUAAAAUUAAAACGAUUAAAAUACAUUUUUAAGGUACCUAUAUAAUAUGUAUUUAUUGUGUGUAUAUUGUACAAUUUUGCUGCAAUUUGUUUUUAUUUUUUUUAAAUCGCACACGUAUGCGCAUAUUUCUUUGUUUUUUAUCGAAUCGAGUACCGAGACUUGACAGUAAUUAGGCACGCUUAAACAAAAUAUUUAACUUACCACAAUUUAUUAUUAUUAUUGAAUAUACAAGUGCUAAAAUACGUACUGUAUAAAGCAUAAUAUAUUAUUAUAAAUAAACAACGAAUAUUAAAUUUCUUUCGCAUGAAUAUAUUUCUCGUUUAAAAUAUUAAAAAAGAACAUUUAAACACGUUUAAACCAAAUACGUAUCUGUAACCUUAUAUGCGUGAGAGCCGGUAGAAUAAAUUUUGUAUGAAUACUCCAAUAUUCCAUCUUAUUAUUACUCUUAUAUUUUCCACUAAAUAUCUCAGCCUAAUUUAUUUAAAUUUUUUUUUUACAUUUUUUUACAAAUUUUUCACAUUUAGUAUAAGUAUCAAGUAUAACUUUAAAAUGUUUAACUGUUUUGACGUGCUCGUGUGCAAUAAAAAUGACAUUAUUAUUUAUUACAUUAUUUAUUAUUUUUUAAUAGCAAUCACUGUCAAUUCCAAUAGUCCUAUUUUUUUCAAACAAUUAUAAUCAAUACAAUUUUUUUAUCCCGAAAAUAACUAAAGAUAAUAGUAUAUAGUUAAUUAAGAAAUUUAACUUUUUUUGAAUUUGAAAAAAAUUAAUACGUAUGUUAAUAUGCAUACACAAUAUAUGGAUCAAGGUAUGUAUUAGUUUUAAAAUGAUUUUUAUUUUUUAUUUUCUUUUUAAAUCAACUUUUCUACCAACAAUUUUUGCUCCGAUUUUUAAGUGUAAAGUAUCUUUUCUGAAAGGAAAUUUUAUCUAGUUAAUAGGUACUUUAAAGAGGGAGUUUUUUGAUUUUCCUAUCGGUUUUCAUAAUAAAUGGGAAAAAACGGGAAAAUGUACGAUACAUAUUAUUUUCAAAUUGUAAAUAUUACGGCAUUUUAAAACAUAUACAACCGAACUCAGCAGAGAAUUGUUUUCCAUUAGCAAUGAUAAUCAAUAGAUAAACAACUGUGUAGUAACUGUGUAACAACUAGUAUAAACUGUAAAUAAUAUAAGUACAAUAAAAUAAUAAUAUAGGUAUACCGAAUUAGUUUGUAUUAAAUAUUCAUACGAGUUGGGUAUUACAUCGAUAUUUUCCGGAAAAUAUUUUAACAAUUAUAAUAAUUAAUAAUAUACUAGCUGACCGUAAUAACCAAAUUUUCAUCUAUGACACCAAGGUAACCCAUGAAUAAACAAAAAUAAAUAAAUGAAUAAUUAGAUUUAUUCGUACCAAAAAUACCUAAAUAUAAUUAAAUUAUUGCAAUUUUCGUAGGGAUCUCUUAUUUUUUUGAAAAUAAAAUAUAGCCCAUGUAGUUUUUUGUAUGUGAAAGAAGUUUUAAAAUCGGUCAAGUAGUUUUUGAGCUUAUCCAUUUCAAACAUACAAACAAAUCUUUUUUCUUUAUAAUAUUAGUAAAGAUGAGUUUAAAAUAAAAAUACAUUUUUUACCAUGCAUUCUAUAUUUCGAUAUUAAUAUAAAUGUUUGUUCCCAGAUGCAAUAUAACGUACAUAGAUAUGUUUUGAUAGAGAAUUCGGUUGUAGUAUGAUUGUGAAUUUUCAACUAUAGGUAUGAAUUUUUUUGGGGGAGAAGGGAGGGCUAAAAUAACUCAAAUAUAUGUUUUAUUAAGACUGGUUUAUUAUAUAAAAUACAAAUUUUGGUACGAGACCCCUUCUCCUUCAUCUCCGUUUAUGCUUCCAGUAAGGGAAUAUGUGCAGUACAAUUUUUUAUUUUUUUUUUAAAUAGCAAUGUCAAAAAUAUGUUCGAUGCCAUAUAUUUGGAUUGACCUAUUUUUUCGCUAGCCAUUUAGACACGCUGUUGAACUACACCGGCUGUAUUGGCCGAAUCGCAUUCGUUACAGAGUAUAUUUACUACACUUAAAAAUAAACGCACGAUUGUACGAUUAGGCUUUAUACGUGACGUUAUUACUAGACGAAUAUGUUUACAAUUUAUUUUGUUUUUUAAAAGAAAAAAAAAACACGGAAAAAAAAUUAUCAUAAUAUUUCAGGAUGAAUUCGGGGUAAACUGCGUUAACAUGUUUUACCAAUAAUGGCAACAGUUCGUGUUUCACACUGUAUUUUAACAUCACGGUUUAUAUUUAUAGCCAGUAGGCCGUUGCAGCUUUAUUUUGGCCAGGGAGAAGGCCUAAUUUCGUAUACACAUUGCUGCAGAUGUAUUUGUACGGACACGGGACAACAUAUUAUGUUAUACUAUUAUACAAAACUGCCGCGUUAUUUAUUUAUUUUUAUAUUUUACAGGGAUUUAUGUCCCAUGACUAAAAUAUUCGGUGCAUGAAAUAUCCCCUAUCAAAAAUACAUUUUAAUAUAUUUACUAUGAGUAUUCGCAUUAUAAACAUUAUCACUUAUUAAACACUUCGUCUCCUUCGAUUUCAUCCCGAUUAUUCAGGGUCGGUCACCCUCGUUCUAAACUUCCACUUGACCCGAUCUCCCAUCUCACAUAUACCGGCUGUCCUCGUAUACCAUUCUCAACAGCAUCCAAUCACCUCAUUGUCACGAAACUCGUUUUGAUGUAAACCAGGUAGCUGGUAACCGCCUUAGUGAUUACUUUUGUUUUCAUGUUAAAAUUUCACUAUUGUUUUCGAUUUAAUUUAUUUAACCAUUUUUACUUUAAUAUGAAUUAAGUGAAGUUAUUAGAGUUGUAGGUGUUUUAGUUGAACUUGAGAAAAGAGAGAGAUGAAGUGAGAGAAGGAUAACCGGUAUGACGGUCGAAUUUCGACCACUGGGUGAAUAAUACUAGUAGGUAUAUAUAUUUUUGUACUCCGCGGCUAUUAUUUAUGUGUUAUAUGCAGUAAGAAACACGAAUUAUCGAAACGUUUGAUAAAUUAAUAUAAUGACACUGCAGAAUAAACAACAAUAAUUACUAUACCUAUCAAAGUAUUUUUUUUUAUAUAUAUUAUGUAUAGUUGAACACGUUUUUUCUGUACGAAUUGUAUAAUAUACUGAUUUAUAUUGUAUCGGAUUAUAACCGAAACUAUUUUUUUCUCAUAAACCGUUUUACUCGCGGCCAAAGUGUAAUAUGCCAAUGCUUAGUAGUAUUACGGUAUAAGCGGUUUCGAACGGAUUUUUAAUUAUUAUUUUUUUAAAUUUAUUUCGUACCCUACAUGGCUACACCUAUUAGUCGUGCGUUAUACGAAGUACCCAAUAAUUAUCAUCGUCAUCAUCAUCAUCGGAACAUUCGAUAAAUUAUAAUCACAGAGUAAAGAGUUGUAGAUAAUAUUAUUAUCACUGAUUUUUUUUUUUCAUAUAAAAUUCUUAAUCGAUAUUUUCGUAUAUUAUUAUGUAUUCAUGUUGAUUCAGUUGCGCCGGUACGACUUCGCUGUCGACGGAAUUAUUAUUGGGCGGCAGAUAAUUAUUAAAUUUACAAGUCAUAAAUAUAAAUGACUUAUUAUAAUACAGAAACUUGGCGUCCUCUCUUCCCCUUUGUGUAUCACAAUAUCAUUAUUAUUAAAUUUUUUUUUAAUAGACUUAUACAAUCAAAUCUUUUAAAUUUUAUAAACACAUAUAUAUAUAUAUAUAUAUAUUAUUUACAGGGUGAUUCAAUUUGUAUGUUACAGCCAUUUUCUUAUGUAAAUAAUUAAAAUAGAGAAAAAUUUAAAACAUACAAUUUCUUCGAUUUAUAAACAUCUAAAAUAGUUUGUAUACUUUUACAUUUUUUUACCGUCUUUUUGAGAGUUUUUAAGGUCAGCUUUUGAAAUCCUAAUGGAAACCUAUAUUAAAAUUUUCAUAAUUAGAUGAAGUAUUUUUCUGUUGAAAUUUUUGAUUUUCGUCAACCCGUUGACGAGAUACGAAAUUAGUUUGGUUCGAGGAGAGUAGUGAUGCAUUAUUAAAACGCCGCGUGCCUUGCUCUAUAGAAAUAUGAUACACCACUACUCACCUCCGACCGAACCUUAAAGUUAAAUAACUCGUUAACGUAUUGACGGAAAUUAACAACUUCAGCGUCAAAAUUCAUUUUAACUAAUAUCCCAUAUAUUUAUGGAACUUUUAAUAUAGGUUACCAUUUGAAAAUCAAAAGUAGGUAGUGUUUUUACACCCCAAAAUAAGGGUGACAAAAAAUAAUAUAAAUGUAAAAUUGUAGAACUGCUUAUUUCUUAAAUGUCUAUAAAAUAAAUUCUGAAUAAAGUUAAUACUUCCGAGAUAAUGAAUGUACCCAUUUAAAUGAAACACUCUGUUUAUAUAGGAACUUAUAUCAUUCUUUUUGAAAUAGUUUUAUUGACUAAAUCCGGCGUUUUUUGUUAAAAUUAUUAAAAUUAAAAUAAAAUACGGGCUGACACGAUUAUAUUAUGUAAAACCAGAAAAUAAAAAAAUAUGCGGAUUAACUUCAGCUCCUCUCUCAAGGGGAAGUGAGGGACGCAGAUGAAUUUUUAACAGGAAUAAAUUUUAAAACUUCUGCAAAUAGCCCGUUUGAAAGCCGUAAGUAUUAUUAUCGCAGUUACGUUCGCGCGGGCACUCAACAUGGUGUUUACGUCUGAACGUUUGUCGUAAGUAGGCGGCGGCUUGGUUACGUAUUAUCAUAAGAUAUAACAAUGUUAUAUAUUAUAUUUAUUUCAAAAUAUUUUUAACAUCUUAUAAAGCGUUUUUAAUACCUAUCGUAUAGUUAAUAUUAUUUAGUCGUUUUCACAAUCGUUACUGCCGCUGUGUUAUAUUAAUAUAUACAGGGUGUUUCACCGCAAUGGUUCAAGCACUAGCAGUCUAAUACACAGUGCCGUGGCAUUUAUACGAACAAAAAUGCACAACAUAUUAUAAUUUGGCACCCGUCCCCAUCCCAUUCGAAAAAUACCUUUCUUUUACGGUUUUUUUUUUUAUUUUUAUCCCCUAGGACAAUUUUUCUCGAAUCGUUUAAUGGAAAACAAAUAAUUAUUAUACUAUAAAUGCAUGGUCUUGAGUUAGCAAACGCGCCGGUCUUGACUCUCUUGAUACAGCCCCACGUGAUUCAAACGUUUGUUAAGCAUAUGUACAUAUUCUUAUUAGAAUAUUAACUUACUCAACUUGUCGGUCUAUCGAGGACCGUUUAUGCCAUUAAAAAUCUUUUUCAUUUCUCGCUGUUGUACGUUAAAUCAAAAGUCGAGUUCUCUGUUAUGUUUAAGUAUCUUAUAGCACAAAACGAUAUUUAAUAUACCGUAGUAAAAAUUAUAUUCAUACAAGAUGUAUUACAUAAACUAAAAAAGAUACAAAAAAGGGGCUGGGGAAAAAUAUAUGUCAAAGAAGAGGUGUACACGAUCAGGAUCAGUCACCUGGCCUAGAACCACCCUUUUUAUGUUACUCAUCUAAUUAUGGAAUUUUGAAUAUAGGUUCUCAUUCAAAUUUCAAAAAUUGACUCCCAAAAUCCCAAUAAAAAACAGUAAAAAAAUAUACACAUUAUUAUUGAUAAAAUGGCUGCAAUAUAGAUUUGAGUUAACCUGUAUGUAUAGGACAUAGGUAUAUGUGUUUGCACAUUAUUCUAUCGGGAAACAAUAAUAUAGUAAUAAUUACUCCGGUGAACGAAUACACUGCUCGACAAGACCUAUGCAAUUAAUCGAUGUUAUGCAACGAUUAAGUAAGUAACGACUUUGUGGAAAUGUGUGUGGGCGCGUUUGUCUUUAAAAUAAUAUUAUAGCAAGAAGUAUGUAUUAUUAUAUAGGUACCAUAAGUCCAUUAACUAUAUGUACUGUGUUAUAUACAGAGGUGUAUAAUACUCCCAACAUCUAUAGCUCGGACCCUAAGGCGUUAACUUAUUGCAUUUGUAUAUGUAGGUAUUAUAGGACUGAAUGGAAAUAAAAAAAAAAACUCACGUUAUUAUAAUAUGUUCGAAAAUUCCGAAUGAAUCGUUAAAAAUCGGUGAAUUAUUUAUUGGCGGACAAGAUUUAAUGGGUUUUAUUUAUUUUUUUUUUUUUUGAAACGUUCUCAUUAGGUUAUACUCUAUGUACUUACUUUUCAAUUAUUCAAUGGUGAACAUAUUAGCUAGUUAAUUAUUUUUAUCGUUAACUUAUUAUAGUUUGGUUUUAACUAUACCUACUAAUAGCCCAAUUUUUAAUUUUUAUCAACCAAGUUUCAUAGAAAUGCAUGACAUUCAACAUUGCAGUUAGUUUUUUUUUUGUAUCUCAAGUUUUAAUCUAGUUAAAUACAUGUUCUAUAUUAAUUUUAAAUUGGCUGCGUUUUGGUUUCAUUAGAUAAACUUAGUAUUUUAAUAGUUAUUUGUUCUAUCCCACCUUUGUUUGUUUAUGUAAACCUUACGGCAACAAACCAAUAAAAUACAUGUUGCCCAUUGCAUUUAUCGACAUAUAAUUUAUUUUUGUUAUUAUUCUUAUUAGUUAUUAUCUAUUUAUUACGUUUAAAUAACAAAAUUAAUGCACAUAUUACAGAUAAUAUUAUUAUUAUGUUCCUUUGUUAGGUUCCGUGUAAGUAUACUGUAAAUCCACAUAAAACGAUGUUUAAGUAUUGUUUAGACUUUGAUAGUGUAAAAAUAAAAAUAAAAAACACUAACGUUUUUAAACCACAUAAUAUGUUCCAUUAUGCUGAUUUUUCUGUUAUCUGCAGUAUAUUCAUGUAGUUUACCUGAGAGAAUUCAAAAAUAUUCCGUGCAGCCAUCAGGGUAUAUAUUAUAGUCUAUAAAAAUAGUAAGCUAGUGAGUACUUACUUUAACGAUAUACAUAAUUAGAGGGCGCGUUCUCAUUUUGAUGAAGACAUUUUUAUCUUUGGUUUAAUAUAAGCGGAAUUUGAACGGUUUUUCUUAUAGGUAACUUCAAAUUAAUAAUAUUCAAAAAAAAAGUAUGAAAUAUAUAAGUAUUCAAAUUUAAUUGAAUGAAAUUUAUUUUUCCAAAAUAUUUUUAAACAAAAUAAUAGAACUUCGAUCUAAUCCGAAUUGUUUUCAAUGUUUUUAAAAUAUUUAUGAAAUUGUCUUAAAAAUUAUAAUAAUGACAUGACCUGUGCCUUAUGGGGAGGGGGGCGUUACUGGGGAGGAAUAAUUUGUCUGUUAUUCACGCCACGUAUAGUUCGGGAUUUAAUUCUCAAAAAAGCCAUUUCAACUCUAAAAGAAAACACUCGUGAGCAGCAUAGAUCCUUUUGGGGUUUCAACAUUUUAACCCCGCUCUUACUAUUUUAAUUCUAAGUUUCACCAUUUGAUUUAACCUAGUAUAUAAUUUUACGAAUUUCAAUGCUUUUUAAAGGAUUUUUUCUGUGCACUUGUAUGUAAGUUGAUUUUCGUCGUCGUCAUCCUCGCCUCCCCCCGGUACAGCAGCUUUACGCCCGUGAUCUUCGCACGGGUAUAGAUACGUACCUGUAUACAAUUUUUACGCGUAGGAAAGAAUUUAUGACGGCGAUAAUAGUACGGAAGAGAGGAUACAAAAACAAAUUUACGUUCCGAGACAUUGACCCCAAGAACACGACUUCAAUGCGCGGCUGUUUCUCUUUCAAAACAAUAUUAUUAUAUUUAUUCACGUCUUUAUAUAUAUAUAGCAGUGUGCAAUGUGCAUGUGUACGUAAAGAACCCGAAUGCUAGAAGAAGACGGCGAGGGGGAAACAAACUAUUUUAUUCGGGUCAAUGUGGCCGAAAGCGUGAAUUUUCGUUUCUAUAUAAUAAUAAUAAUAUAUACGUUUUAGUGAAGCGUGAUUCUCGUACUUUACGCUGCAUCCAGGUCACCUGUUACCGCUGGUGCAAUUGUAUCACAUCGAUAUAUAGCAGACGUCGUAUCUGAUUUCUCUCGAUUUGAAACUCCAAAUCCGACAUUGCUCCCAGGAGCAUGUUAAUGUUCUAAGUGCUAAUCUUAAUAGUUAAAAAAUCGCUUCGGAUGUAAACAAAAGGAGAAGGUAGAGAUCAAUGACAAAAGCCACGUCGAUUAAGUCACAUUUUGAAGUGGAUAAAACAAUAAUCUUUGUCUACUAUCGUCCUGGAUCGUCAAACCGUUGGCAUUUAUUAUCGUACCGAUACUAAAUUCAAAUUUUAAUAGUUCGUGUUAUUUUAUUUUUUAUGUUUUUUUUAUUAUCCAGAGAAAAGUGAUAUUUUCCCUUACCGACUUUGAUUAGUAUUUAACAUUUUGGUACGGGGGUUAUGGGUUUUAUUUAUUUCGGGAAAAAAACAAUUUAGAAAAGACAAAAUCGUCGUUGGAGAACGAAGAGGAACUCUGCCCAGGUUUAGUAUUAUUACAGGUUAUUAUAAAAAAAAAUGACUGACUUAACAUCAUGUCUGUUCGUUCCUAUCACUCUAUUUUUAUAGACGCUAGUGGCAUGAUAUCUCGCUGAGGCGACCUAAAAUCGAUAAAAAAUAAUAUAACAAAAAAUUGAAAAAUUAAUAAUUCAAGUGUGUCGGCACUUGGCAGGUACAUUCGAGUGUAGACAUUUAAAUUUAAACCGACUUUCUUUCCGUCUAAAUAUUUAAAAUUGCAGACCUUUACGUCUCUCGCCGGUUUUUUUUUUUUUUGGCACUUUUUAUUUGUAAAUAAUUCCGUUAUUUUUUAUUCCGUUAACAAACGUUCGUAACUAAACAAUUAUUGCGAGGUCUCUGUUAUUGGCCCCUUCGGGUAUAGCUCGGCCCCGCUGCAGCUGUGGUCGACUGAUGAGUAUAGUGGAGAAGUCGUCGACCGCUAGGUCUAAUAAUAUGAAUUUACCUAUUAUAGCAGCUAGCGUAUCCGACGAGAGGUAUUUAUUUUUUUCCAAAUCUAAAAGUAAAAAACUUAACUGCGGCCGUGACGUCACGCGGCGGCGGUCGGCUGACUUUUCACGGUCGGCUACUGCGCGUCAAGGACAAGUUUACUAUAGUAAUAAUAAUAAUUAUUAUUAUCGUGUACGAGUACCUAUACUAUAUACUACCUACCUAUCUGCCUACCUAUAUACAUGAAAUGUUGUGCGCCUGGCGAAGUCGCGAUUCGUCAACGCGCAACAGGUCCGCCGGGUCAUCGCACACACACACGCACGCGCGCGCGCUCGCCGCCUACACACACAAAUACACACACGCGCGCGCGCGCGCGGGCGCGUAUUACGUGUAUACAGUCUAUACACACAUAAGAAAACACGUUUAUGAUGUCUACCAAAGAUAUUAUACAUGUAAUCAAAUAGCGCAUUUUGAUAUGUUCGCGAUUUUUUUCCCAUAGUCGUUUAUUUCGCAACGUGUUACAUUAUUAUAUAUAUAUAUAUAUAAUAGUAUUUCCAAUUUUUGAACUUUUAUGCCAUCAUCAUCGUCGCUUAAUAACGUUUUCGGUUUUUUUUUUAUUUUGUAUUUUUGCGAUUUUCGCGCUCCGAUUUACACUAAACGCCGGUCGAAAUUCAAUCCCGUUUCGAUCUUCUUCUAAUUUCCGUUCCACACACAAGUCCGGUAUAAGCUGCUCUCGGAUCGACUCUUUUCACAUCCGUGUGUCACUAUUUCGUCAUCUAUAUACUUUAUAAAUGUCAAUAUCAUCUGUGGUCGAUUUUCGUUCGCAGACCACUUUCCGGGCACUUCUCUAAUGCACAUAAACCACCUUUAUGUAUCUUAUUUACGUUCUCAUAUUAUAGUCAAAGAGCUCUACCGCCCAUAAAGACAUACCUUGCAGUUCGACUACAGUACCACACUCGGCCGUUUCCUUUUAAAUCCCGCGUGUCGUCGUUCCGGUUGUAUAUAUGUUUUGCUCGUAACCUCGUCGUCUGUAACAAAAUUGUUUGGGCUCGCUGAAACGAGUAUGCUGACAAAGUCCUGACCAAAACUUGCGUAUUAUUAAUAUUAUAUAACUAUAAACACAAAUCCUUAAACAUUCUGUUGAAUCUCAUUUGUUUUAUUCUGGAAGUUGGUUUUUGCGUUAAAUUUAUUCGUAACUCUAUGUGCUAACUAUUGUUCGAACCAAAUAUACCUAAUAACCUAUUCAAUUAGGUAUAGUUCUUUCUAUUAUUUUACUUCUUGAUUUUUACGGUCUUUCGGAGACCACGCUGACAAACAAUUUAUUUCAUUUCACCGUUUUUAAUAGUUCCGAGAAUCUUGGAUAUCUUGCUUCAUUUUUCUGGUUUUGUCUUGCGUGCUUUACCUAACCAUACUCACGAUCUCCUUAGAUAUUGAGCCAACUUGCCUACUUAAUCGGUGAUAUCACUUUCCUCCGCUAAUGUCCUUUUGUCCGCUGUAGUUCAACGGACGUUAGGCGUAUUAAACGCGUAUUAUUAUAAAGCUCUAGAACCGAGUAAAUGUACACACAGUUAUUACGUUAACGACAGUGUACGCGUAAUAAUGGCAAUAAUAUGUAAACGACCCGGUCGUGCGUGCGUUGUAUAGAAUAUUAUUAUUAUUAUUAUAUUACGAAAAACAAUAUAUAUAAUAUUAUUAUCAUUAUUAUUUGGACGAUUUGACGCGCGUGAUGUGAUAUUUGAUGUCGAAACGAAAAAAAAAAAUUAUCGAUUACACAUCACCAUAAUACCUGUUGUACCUGUACUACUAUUAUACACACUAACAAUGCGUGUAUGCGUGUGUGUGUAUUGUAAUAUAUAAUUUGUAAUAACCUAUACCUAAUAUAUAAUAUAUAAUAAUACAAAUAUAUUUUAUAUAUAUAUAUAUAUAUAAUUUCGUGUACAGCAGGAGCAUAGUAGUGUGCGCGGGUUCAAAUUGAAUAUAUAAUAUUAAUAUCGUUAUACACGGCAAUUAUACUCGUAUUAUUAUUAGUUAUUACAUACAGUGUGUUACGUUUUCGAAGGUGCAGGUUAUAUACAUAUAAGUACCUCUAUACGAAACUGUAAUUUGUUUUCUUUUCUGACCUUGAAUUUUGAUGUUUUAUAGACGACUAUAUUCGACGUCGAAUUUAUCGAAAUAAUAGUUUGAACGCUUUUCAUUUCAUACGGCGGUGGACGAACCGAUUUUUGUUUUAGAUUCCGAGCGUAGCGAGAGAGCUAUUGGUUUUACUAAGAUGUUUAUUUUUUUUAUUUUUUUAUUCUUCUUCUAGACUGUGGACACGGUUUUUCCUAGUAUACUUGCUCCGAUUUUUACUCGUAGUAACUUUUCUGAAAGCUCAAUUUGUUUAAAUUGUACUUUAAAGAGGAUUUUUUUUUUUUUGAUUUUCGACGCCAUUUUUUAAAUAAAAGCACUUAAGUUAAAAAACGUAAGAAGAUGUUAAUCGACUUAUCUGACGUGGAAAUUAAUAACCAAAUCGAUAAAAAAAAAAAUAGAACCUGUUGGUUCGAUGUUUCCGUUUAAAAUCGGUUUUUUUUUUAUUUCCGCGCGUGCGUUAAAAAUGAUUAUUUGUUUAAAAAAAAAAUUGGUUAUCUAAAAUCCAAAUCCAAAUUCAAGGUCGUACACAAAACGUCAUUUCCUAUUGUAUGUUACCUAUCACCUAUUCCGAUUGGAUUUCUUUUAGUUUUAAUAUUAUAAUACACUUAACAUAUUUCGUACAAUUAUUUACUGCACAUUAUAUAAUAUGACGUAUAUAAAUAUAAUACUAUAAGUAUGUUUAGUGUUCAGUGUAGUAUUGUAAUCAUUCAACUGUAAACUCAUCUGUCAUAAGUCAUUCUAUGUUAACUUAUGCUUGUACUAUCUUGUAAUAAGGGUACCUGCCUGUUUAUUCGUUUAAAAUUAAAAUUAAAAUUAAAUUAUAGUAUUUAACAAACAUUAUUAAGAGGCUUCUUAGCCUCGUCAGUCGUCACUAUAGCGUUUGUUUUCUCAGUCUGUCCCGCGCUUAAUACAUAGCAACAAAGACAUUCCACGUUUCCGCGAUUGCAGCAGUUUCCUGGUUGAAUUCGGGUAAAAUGGACCAUUAUAUACAUUAAAUAAGGAAUAGUAGUAUUAAUUACCAUACAGAUCCUGCGAAUGUUUUGAAUUUUGAAUUUCUUAAAAUUAAUAAAAAAUUAAAACACGCACAUAUCUUGAUAAAAAUUAAAAUAUUAAAAAAAAAGCAAAUAUUAUGCUCAUUUUUAGUACAAAUAAUCAUCUCGUCGUUUUUCUAAACUCAGCUACCGGAGAGUCAAUCGUAGAAAUGUGCGGAAUGCUUUUGUUACUACAUUGUAACGUGCGAGACAAACGGAGAAAACAACAUUUUAGUGACGAGGCCCCUUAACUAGCAUUUUCAGUGUCGAUUGCCUAGGGGCAUUUUGAUCUCGGAGAGGGGGGGAGGAUUUGAAGAGUUUCAUGUAAAUAAAACUGACCCGUAGACAUUUGAAAACUUCCCGCUAUUUUUAGUUUGGUGACAGGUGCACGUUGGCUCACAUAUUACAUCGAUUAAGGGACGCCGGACGAGAUAAAAGAUUAAGAACCACUGCAGGUUCAAGCGUCUCCGAUUAUCUACAUUAUAUUAUUACAGAGUCGAUAUUAUUGUCGGAUUACAACAAAAUAAUAUAUUAUUAUUCGUAACACCCGGAUUAGUUAUAGCAUUAUUAUAAUUUAUAAUAUUUUAAAUGGUUUCUGUAUUAUAAUGUAUUAUUAGUGGUAAUAUAUUGCGGCGGACGGGGUACGUACACCUAAUAAUAUUGUACCGGUUCGUAUGUUAUAAUAUUCUGUUAAUUUUUUUUUUCAAUACCGUAUAUAGACUUAUUUUUUUAAUUUUUUUAUUAUUUCGUUUUACAUAAGCUCUCUCGCGAGUGCGCGCGUAAAUAUAUACCUAUACAUAAAACUACCUACGCGGUGCGUCGAGAGAGCGAGCGAGAGGGUUAUGUAAGUUUGAGCAACACCAAAACAAAAAAAAAAAAAAAUACAACAACAUAACAAGGAGGUUUUGUUGUUGGAUAAUAGUACAGUACAUGCGGGUUAACGCAAUCCACUAGAGGGCGUCAAUACGAGGCGACGGCAGUGGCGGCGGUGGCGCGCAAUUGCGUCAUUGACAAACUCGGUACCACCGAUAUUAUAUUAUUAUUAUUAUGUAAAACUUUAUAAACCUCAGAACUGCGGCCUGGACGUAAUAUAUUGUGUCAUGCAUAUUAUAUAUAGAUAUUAUAAUAUAUUAAAUUUGUACCUACUAUAAAUAUAUAUACACACAUAUAUAGGUUUGUGCCGCGGACACCCACGUUUUUUUUUCCGAACGUAGACAACAAAGAGUGAACAAAAAACAAAUAAAUAAAUAAUAACGACUCGUAUAGGUUGGAAUUAGUUUUAUUAGGUUUUCGGGUCGCAAUAAUAUUAGUACAUUUGUAUAGAUAAUAUUAUUAUAUUAUUGUCUCUGAACGGAUAUUUCUGAAUAUAUACGUAUAAUAAUAUAUUUGAAUGUUAGCUAAUAAAAAAAAUGAUAAAAAAAAAAAAAAUACAACAGGUGCAUUGAUCGUAGAAUAUUGUUGACAACGUGAGUUGGAAUGUUUUCGAAAAAGGAUUGUUCGUAACAGUUGUAUAAUAUGAUGAAUAAUACUCGACUAUUAGAUGUUAUAUAUUUUAACUUAUAGUUGUUUACUGAGAAAAAAAAACUUAAAUUAUUUUGCGAUAUAUUUAUAUAGCCCUGCAAUCGCAUCGAUCGAUAGCAUUUUAUUAUGAUGUUUACGUUAUUACGUACAUUAUAUAAACGGUUGAGUAUUAGACAGAUGUUCUACGAAUUUGUAUAAGGUCGAACCAAACGUUAAAAAAAAUUUAAUAGGUUCGUAGUUAAAGAGCUGACACUGCUGAUAGAUGUGCCAAUGUGUAGGUGGAAAAUUGGAAAGAUAGAAAAUAGAUUUUUUUAAUAUAUAUCUGUAAUAACUUCUAUUUCAUACGUUCAACUUUGUUUUAUUUGAUCGCCAAAUACAACUUAGAAAGAAUUUGCAAGCAUUUCUUUAUUACGACCAAUAAUUUGAUCUCCAUGAAACCAAAUAAAAGCUAUAAAAUGUCAAAUUUGAAUGCCUAUGAAUAGUUUGAAAAUCGCCUAGCUAUAGACAUAUACGUCUAAAAAGAGGCCAAUAUAUAACAGUAUUCUGUGAAAAUGUCAGGUCUGUGGUUAUUUUUCACCGAAUUAACAAAAAAACACAGUUAAAAAUAAAUAAAACAGUCAACAAAGCCUGAAAUCUGUCAUUUUCCCGUUUUUCCUACGUUUUUUCCCAGUUAUUAAAAAAAAACUACAAGUAUACCUCCCUAUGCACCAAGUAGAUAAUAUUUUCUUUAAAAAAGAAAUUAAAAAUUUUGGAGCAAGAUUUCUGGUAGAAAAAUGUAUUAUAAAUUCAAUAAAUUUGAAGUUGAUAAUUGUUGUAAUUUUACAAAAUACCUCUGUAUAAUAUUAUAAUAUGGUAUGUACGCAAAAAUAAAUCUCAUUAUUGAAUUAAUUUACCUAUCGUAGUCUUCGAUUAUUUGCAGUUUUCAGUUCAAAUAUCGAACUGAAAAAAAUGCAUCCCUUAAUUACGAAUAUAUGUACAAUAGUAUUAAUCAUAUAUUUUAGACAGUACAUACUGCAUACCUAUAAUUUGUAUCAGAUGCGGAUUUGAAAGAAGGGUUAAGUGUCGUCUUCCUUAAAUAUUUUUUUUUUAAUUUUUACUUGAAUUACAUAGGUACGAAGGGUUGUAAUUGGUGCGAGGAGAGGGUGUACGUCUGAAUGAAAUUACAUUAAAGGGCCAGCGCAGGCCGAUCUAUUUUUCAUCUCAAAAACAUGUUUCACUGGAAAAGCUCUCUCAUGCCUCGUAAAAAAACCUAUUUCGAUUUUUUAUUUUUUAUUUUUGAAAAUAGGAAGACAUUGAACUUGGAUUUUGAAAAUUAUAUUUUUAAACGCUAUAAUUUGAGUUUGACUAUGACCUAUUUGUCACUCUUUUUUAUGAUUUUUAGUAGUAGCUGAAUCAAAAAUCGAAGUCCAAUGCGUCCUAAUAAAAAGUUUUUUUCUUUCCGACUGAAAGAAAAAGUGUUUCUAAAAAUGAUUUAAAACAAAUCACUCUACGAAGUCUGAGAGUUUUUUCUGUAAAGCAUAUCGUGCGAAAUCCCCUUAAUACAAACAUUAAAACCGAUUGAAUUAUUCGUUGAAAAUAUUGUUGAGACUUGUUCAUUAAUAAAUGUAUAACAACUGUAGACAAUUUGUAAAAAACCACGAACAGAGUGUUUAAAGUGUUCGUUGUUUACAAACUACAAGCAUUCGAUAAUUACAGGCAUUUGAUUUGAUUUAUUUUUUUUUUUCGUCUUAUACGUACUAAUAUAAUAUUAUCAAUUGCGACCAUAGCGAAAAAACUAAACAAUAUUAUACUAUAAUGAAUACAUACCUAUAUGGAUAUUAUGGAUAUUAGUAUUCGAUAUACUUUAGACGCGGCGCGGGGUAAAUAAACAUUGUCCGACAAAAACACUCACAUAUCUAUACAUAUCUAUUUUUUAUAAUAUUUAUUACUCGAUAAUACAUGCAAUAAAAGUCUGAAGUUAAUUAAUAUUAUGACGAAUAAUAUUUUUCUACGCCAGCGUAAGUAUUAACGGUAUUAGUAGUUCCUACACGGUGUAAUACGACUAUUUGACAUAUUUUAGAUUCUGAAUGGAGCGAAGAAGCUUAUGGUUUUACAAAGAUGUUUAUUUAUUUUUUUUAUUCUAUGGACAACUUUUCUACCAGCAAUUUUGCUCCAGCUUAUAAUAAUAGCAAUUUUUCUAAAAGGAAAUUUUCCUGGGGAGAUACUUUAAAGAGGUCGUUUUUCGUUUUUCUCAGGGAAUUUCUUAAUAAAUAUGAAAAACCGAAAAAAAAUGUGAGGAAAAAGGGAUCCAUUUUAAUUUUGGAAUUGGAAUAAUUGAAAUUAUUUUACCAUAAUUUGUUUUAAACAUUAUUUAUUAUUAAAAUAAUAACAAAAAUUACCUACACCUUUAAGCUAAGCUUGUGGUGGGAGUUAUAAUACAUAUGUAUGUUUAAUUAAUUAACAUACUAACAUAAUAAAUGAAACAAUUAGUAUAUUAUAUUUAUAACUAAGUUAAAUAAUAUUAAACGAGUUAAUAAACAUAUAUGAACAAUUUGCUUCUAAAGUGUGAAACACAUACAGUUAGAUAACCUAGUAUUAUUAAAGUUUGUCCAUAUUUAUAAAUAGUAAAUUAGUAGUUAUAAUUUUUUUCGCACAUUUAGGUGUUACACAUAUUUUUUUUUUUUGAUUCAUUGUUCAUUUAAUUAAAACAAGUAGGACUUAAAUAGUCCAGAAAUCUCUGACCAAACGAGGUAUUAGUAUAUACUACAGAGGCAUUGUAUGCUCUGUCUUUUCUUUUAGUUUUUAUUGUGUUAAUCUUAAACCAAAUGUUUAUAUUUUUUACUACCCAUAAUAUCGCAAUUGUUUUGUAAAUUAAUUUAAAUGUUACCAUUUAAAUUAUUAUAGUUUAGUACUGUUGACCCUACCAAUUUUUUUUACCUAGCCAAACUCUUAUCAUUUUAUUUUGUUGUAGCUAUGACAUAUACAUUGUUGACAAAGCAGCUGAAAUCCUCUUAGAAUCGUUUUUUCGUUAGUAAUGGUUUAGCGUUGCUUACAGGUGAACAGUAUUAAAUUACUUAUAACAGUGGCUACACUUGACCCCAAUAUCCUAGGACGUCUUUUUUUAAUUAUAGUUACAUGUCAAAUAGCCCUGUACACCCUGUAUAUAUUAUGAUACGUUGUAAUAAAUGUACAUAGGUGAUUUAAACAGUAUUACUAUCGACUAUCGCGUGAUUAAGUGAUUGAAAAUAAUAUUAUCGAAUUGUUAUUACAUUCACGUUAAGUAUUGGUGUAACCGCUGCAAUACCGUUUUCUUAGUGGACUUUUACAUUUCGAGCGCGGUUAGGAUUGCAUUAGGUUUACGAUAAUGUGUUUUUUUUUUUUUUUUUUUUUUUGAGUCCAUUAUCUUGAUUAAAUCUUGAUUCGAUUUACUAGUGUAGCAUAUUUUCUGAAAGAAAAUGUCGCCUUCUACUGUAGUCGGUACGUCGAACAAGUCGUUUUUAAAUUUUCUUAGUAAUUGAGAGGGAGGGGAGACGUAGGAAAAAAUGGGAAAAUAUACACAGUAACGGUUUUCGUUAUUUUCGAUUUCAAUGUUUUGUUGUAAUUCUGUUAAAAAUAACCAUAGAGACCUGACGUUGACACAUAAUUUUUAUAUUAACCUUUCUAAACAUGCUGUAGGUUAAAUGAUCGAAAUAUAUAUCGGAGAUUUUUUAGCUACGUAGUCGUUUAAAAUGCCGAGGUUAGGUUUUAUGUGAAUACAAUUGUUUCGGCCGAGCAGAAAACAUAUAGACUACAAUGGUGAUGUACAAAGUACAUCCGGAUUUUUAUAAUUUUUGUUGAAUAGUAUUCCCUUCCCGUUACUACAGAUAUCGAAUAACUUAUUAAUUUUAGGUUGUGUCCGUUCUGUCGAUUUGAUUUGUUGCUACGAUAUGGCUACCGCUACAUAACGAUAUAUAUAUUUCAUUGAUAAUAUUUCGUUUUUAAUUUUAUUAUACCAUUUUCACCAACCAAAUGUUUAAAAUAUUAAAAAUAAAAAAUAAAAUACAUAAGAACAGGGAAUUUAUAUUGUAUAGAACGUUCGCUGCACAGGUAUUAUUUACUGCGUGCUCUUGUUUGUUUGAUUUUAUUAUCCGUUUAUAUCUUAUUUAUUUAUUUUGUGUAAAUUGGGUACCUAUUUUUUCGACUAAAGAAUCGAUCGAUGUACCUAUGUAAAAUGUUUUACGUAAUAUAAUCGAGCCAGUUUAAAGGUAUAAAAUCAUAGAAAUGUAAUAAUAAGUUAUUUAUUUAUAGAUUUAUAGAUUGUCACAAUAAAAUAAAAUAUGUCCUUAUAUUGUAAUUAUAAUACACACAAUUUAUUAAAUAUUAUGAUAUUCUGUACGAAAUGGACAAGUAAAAUUAAAUAAUAUAUAAUAUAAGUUUGUCGUUCAAAUAGUAAAUUAUUAUUAUGAAUGGUAGAAGAAAAAUAGUUUUUUUACUUAAUACUUUAAACUGUUUCAAUAUAUUGUGAACUAUUGCAAUAAGAAUUACAAUAAGUUAAUCUUUAAAUUUAAAUUUAUAUGGUUAUAAUGUUAAAAAUAAUUUAUUCAUCGUCUUCUGAUGAGAGUUUUUCGGUAUUUGUUAGAAGGAUGUCUUGGGGCAGUUGAGGUCGCAGUCGUCUAUUUCGGGUUUUUUUAUCCUAAUUGAUAAUGGCGGGCUCCAUCUCAGUCUUGAAGUUUGGCGGGGAAAUUUUUGAAUUGCAUUUUAAUCCAGGUAUUUAUUAGGGGGAUUCCGGUGUCCUUGUGGCGAUUUCUCAUGAACCAUGGUGCUUUUAGGCAUAUCCAAAAGAAUUUAUUUCGGAAAAUUUGUAUUUUUUUAUUUUAGUGGGUGCAUCGCCCAAACGGGGCAGGUAUACAUUACAAGAGAUCUGAGAAUUGAGGUAUAUAGAAGUAGUAAUGAUUUAAUUUGUAGUAUUGAUUUAUAGUUGACUAAAUGGUAAAGAAUUAUCAUCCUUGUAUAGCCCCGAACGAAUUUAUAUGAAUGUUCCGAGUGAGUUUUUUAUUGAGAUAGACACCUAGAUAUUUGACUGAGUUAUCUUUUUGGUUCCAUUGAGUGACCUGGUUAUUUAUGUAAAUUUUUUUAAGGUUGCUAGGGUAUAUCUUUUUAGGACGAAUAUUUUAAUGUCACAUUUAGUUUGGUUUAGGUUCAUCUUCCCUUUUUUAAACCAAGUUGUUAUUUCAUUUAAUGAGGAUUGUAAUUUUUGGAUUGAUGAAUCUAUAGAGUUAUCUUACGGGAGAAUUGUAAUAUCGUCAGCAAACAUUGCUAGUUGGGAGUUGAAAGGAGUAGGGAUAUCAUAACAAUAGAUAUUAAACAAGGUUGGUCCCAAGACCGAUCCUUGGGGGACUCCAGCAUUGAUAUGAUGUAGUUGUGAGAGGUCUGUUUCAACUUUGACUUCGAAAGAUCUGUUUGAUAUGAAAAAUGUGAUAGCUUUUAGUAGGUAUGCAGGGAGAUUAAUUAUUUUUAGUUUUUGUUUAAGCUUACGGUGCCAGACAUUAUGAAAGGCUUGCGUUAGGUCUAAGAAGGCUGCUGUGGUAUAUUGUUUUUUUUCGAAGUCGUGCACAAUUAUUUCAGAUAUACGCUGGAUUUGGUGGCAUGUGAAGUAUAGUGUUUUGAAUCCAAAUUGAUGUUUUGGAGUAACAUAAAGGUAGAGUUUUAUCCUCUCCAAUAAUAUUCUUUUAUACAAUUUGGAUAGUGUUGGUAGUAAGCUCAUUGGUCUGUAACUAGUAGGAGAAUUGGCUGGAUUUUCGAGUUUGUGAAUAGGAACUAUUAUAGCGUGUUUCCAUGUAAAGGGAAAAAUAGCUUAUAAUUGCUGUUAAAAUUGCGUUCAUGGGCUACAGCUGGUGAUCUAGUAUUUUGUUCAAGCAUCUGAAAACAAAGCGCAUUCAUUUGAUGCAUGACAGUAACGAAAUUUUACUAUCGCGUCUUAACCGAUAAAUAUUAUGAAAUCUUAGCGAUUUGAAUUUGUUCAAACUAAUUCGCAUUACAUAAAAAUAAAAAAAAUACCGAACAAACGAACGAGUAUAAAUUAAAUUGUAAUAUAAUGUAUUCAUACGUUAUGUAAUAUUUAAAUAAAUUCAAUUUAAAACCCGUAGUAUGAUUGCAAGCGUAGGUUUCGUUUCGUGAAUUUUCUGUAAAAUUUUCAUUGGAAAAAAAAUAUACUAAAAAUCCACCGGUUAUAUGUUUAAAAAUAAACGUUGAAAACAUCAUAAUAAUAUAAAGAAGAUUUAAUUAUUUAAAUUUUAUCGACAAACUACCGAUUUAUACAUUUAUACAUUUUUUUAAAAGAAAAUCGUUACUACGUAAAUGUUUAUUAUAACCUCGGACGAAAUUAUUUUAAAUACUUGCUUACUCAUUUAAAUUGUUCACAUAUUUUCCUUAAUGACAAAAAUAGGCGCCAUAAAUAUAGUGUUGAUUCAUAAAUCACUAAUGGACAAUACACAAUGAUGAUGGCUUGGAAUGUUUAUUAUAUUUUGUCGUUUUCCCAUAUUUUACUCACGUACCUAUACCUAACAUUAUAUUCCGAUGUCCAAAACCCCUAUUUUAUUAGGGUUUUUUUUUUUUUAUAGGUGGCGAAAAUUACGCUUUGUUAAACAUCAGAUCGAGAGUAUUGCUAAAACUCGGACUCAAUAUAAACGCUCAGUCAGAUGCGGACCGCGUCGUACAAAUGAAACCGAAAUGGUCAAAAGUACGUCAAUAUAACAUUUCAAUUUUUAACGUUGCAAAUUCCGUAAUGAUUAUGUUCUCGAUUAAUGUAUUUUUUCAAUGUUUUAUCUUGUUUCUAGGGACAUUUUACGCGCGGGAUGACACUGCUGUCUUUGGGAAAAUAUCAUGAGGCGUUGUUGGAAUUCUCGCUAAGCGCGGUGCUCGGCGAAAACCUUCAAAAACUCAAAUCGCAAAUCAAUGAGGCGCUCCAGAGAUUACUGAUCGUUUACAGCAAGGAUACUGAAGUUCUGGACCUGGAUAAUUGGAAUCCGAUCGCUCACGAUUAUCUGCAGUCUUGUUUGAACACAAUCAUUAACGGGACGUACGCGUUCGAAAACACCACUGAUACCCUAUUAAACGUAAGUAUAACGAUGUAGGUAUUAUAAUACCUAUGUCCUAGGUAUUAUAAUACCUAUGGCCUAUAUAUUAAUUUUAUUUCGAAACUUGUAUUGUAUUAUUUUUUUUUUUUCAAACAGGAAUCCAACGUUGUACUGCAUGAAAGCACAUUUUUCAAAAAAUCACUUUGCGAAAUUAACACAAUAACCGAAUUGAUUCGACACAUUCUAGUGGAAAUAAUGCACGUCAAACGUGAGUUUAUUCGCUGUAUUAUAUUAGUGUUAUUAUUUUUGUUUUUUAAAGUUUUUAGGUUCCUACUCACGGACCUGUGCACAUGAUAAUAAACUCGCCGAAUUAAUUUUAAACGAAAGAGAAAAUAAUAAAUAUUCCUCGGUUUUGAAUUCUUUACAAAACAUAAUUACUAACAUAAUUUAUGUAUAUACUCGUUUUUUAUUUUCAUAAAAGUAUAUAGAAAUAUAAUUUAUAAUAAUGUUUUAAUAUUUCGUUCGGAUCGAACGAUAUUUUAAAAAAAAAAAUUAAUCAAUAGAACGUGCGUUUUAAAUAGUACAUCAAUCAAUAAUAACAGUUUUUUUUUUUUUUUAUUUAUUUAUUGUUUUGGCAAUUUGUUAUAAUAAUAUGUAAAAUAUUACCUCAUUCUUUUGGAUUAUUUAAUAUUGAUAUUAUAGGAUUAAAUAUUGCAAUAAUAUACUUGCGGCACUCGUCGUUAAGUAAUAUUAAUAAGUAGAUAUAAUACAAUUAUUUCAUAAGCGUUAUGGAAUAAUAUUUAUUAUUUUCACGAGCAGCUACAUGAACUACGCGAUUACGCGCGAAACACACAAAGACCGUGCACAGCGUUUAGAUAAUAUUUUGGUGGUCACGCAAUCGCAUAACAAAAAAAAAAAAAAUAAUAAUAAUAAAUUAUGCUCAAUGAUGAAUAUCGAUGAAAUACAUGUUAUACUGAACCGCCGCAUUAAACACGGUUUUCGUAAUAUUGUUUUUAGAUUAUACCCCGAGCGUCCAAAACAAUACGGCGGUGGCGGCAGCGGUGCUAAAGGUCGACAAGUUAUUGUUGGAGGAAUCGGAUUUCAAUUGCGUUUUAUGCUGUGGAAUUUUCAGGAAUCCGGUGACGACACUGUGCGGGCACACCUACUGCAUGGACUGUCUGGAACACAAUUUCGAUUACAGUUUCCACUGUCCUCUGUGUUUGACUUCGUUGCCACCCGUAAGUAUUAUUCUAAUAAUUAGGGCUUGGAUUUAUAUAACAUAUAUGCGUUGGUAUGUUUUAUUUUUUUGCAACUUUGAUUACUGUUUUUGUCAGUUGUGUCCACGAAUUAGCUCAUGUUGAGAUAAAUAGUGGUGUUUUUUUUCUGCAUAUUUUUGCAUAAUAAACUGAAUAUAAUAAAUAUAAUGCAUAUUUCAUCAUUUUUUAUUGCAUAUAAAUCCUAGCCCCUAUAAUAAUAUACCAUAUACGCCGCAUAUCGAACAAUUAAAUAGGUACUUUAUACAAUUCAUAAAAUUAUACGAACAACGACUGUUUGUUUGUACUUUUUAUCGUAAAACCCAUCUUAGUAUAGGAUUUCCCCGAGAGUUGAUAGUAUUUAACCCGUAAACAUGAUACAUCCAGUGAAAAUAUUACUAUAAAAACCGCUAAGUAGCAUAAAACUUCAAAUCGGUAAAGUAGCAUAAAACUUUACCGAUUUGAACCCGAACAUGAAAAUGAAUGAGGGUCAAAUAGUUAUUUUUUUAGGAAUUUUUUUAAUAUGAACGUUUUAUCGUUCAUAUAAUAAUGUUAUAUAAUUAUAAUAUAACCCACGUAAGUCUCCCGAUCACCAACUACAGGGGGACGGUUAGGUUAGGUUAACCUAUAGGGUUUUGAAAUUUCUCUCGGACAGUAAAAAAAUUCCAUGACGCCGCGCAUUUUAUAAAUAAUUUUUUUUUUUUUUAUUACAGUGUUUAGCGUUGAGCAAGAAACAUACUGUGAAAUUCGUCGAUGAGCUGCUCUUGUCGAUGUAUGGCAGCGCACAAAACUGCAGUCUCUCGCCGUCGCUCAACUGGAGUCCGGAAAUGGAAUACGACAGUUCGUACUUACCUGUGUUCGUGUGUACCAACGCAUUUCCUUCAGUUUCAUGUCCAUUGCACGUGUUCGAACCCCAGUACAGGCUGAUGAUCAGACGGUGCAUAGAAUCGGGUACUCGAAAGUUCGCCAUGAUCAGCCAACAGCGUUUCCCUAUGCGGUUCGUAUACCUAUAAUAAUUUACAUUAUUUACACAUGCGCUAUAAUAUAAUAAUAUUAUAUCCGAAUAUUUGGUUCAUUAUAUACCUACUAUGGAAACUAGAGUAUACGAAAGUACAAGAUUAAGAUUAAUGUCGAUUUACAAAAUAUUUAUGGGAGACCCAACGUCCAUCGUAUAACAGAGGCUAUAGAGUAUUCGUAAAAACAAUCAGACGAGUUAGUAACAGAAGGAAGAGUUAUUAUUAUAGGCAAAUACCUCUUGGGAAGUCCUGAAAAAUAUGCAAGGACGUUAUGGAAAAGGACUUAGAAAUGAUCCGUGUAAAUAUAUAAAUACAAAAUGCGUAUGAUAGGAUUGAUGAAAGGAUGUAGUGGUUACUUGGGGUAUCGAUGUGACUACAUACGGCUCGCUAAAAUGUUUAGACGGAAAAUUGACUACACUGCAGUAAUCUUUAAUUAUUUUUGAAACAUAGUUGUUGGAUGAUCAAUUAUAUUAAAAAUCUAAAUUUAUUGUAUACAGUGUUUCCCAAUGUUUUAGACUCGUUGUUUACUUAUAUGUAUGAACAGAGUUCGGGAAAUCUACGAGUAAUUGGAAAAUUAGACUUAGAGAUCCUGCCUCUCCUUUUUCCUCGUAAAUUUGGAUUAUAUAUAAAAUAUUAUUUCAAAAGUUUAAUCCGUUUCUUUUCUGUAACAGGUUUGCCGAGUACGGUACCGUACUGGAAAUCAAAGAUCGAAUCCUAAUGGGUAACGGCUGCUCACUUUUGUCAACUGUUGGCACCCAGAGGUUCAGAGUGCUGGUUAGAAAAGAACACGAUGGGUACGACAUGGCCAAAGUGCAAUACAUUCGAGACCAGCAUUUCUCCGCUGACAAAUUACCUGGUCAGUUUUGUUAUCAUGCAUAUUUUAUCAUCAAUAUGUAAUAUCGCUAUGCAUUUUUGAACUUCUUGUGUUUAAUCCAUUGGUUUUUUUUUUUUUUUUUUUUUAUGGUUUCGCGCAGAUUUAAACAAACUGCACAACGAGGUCUUACAACGGGGCAUGACGUGGUUCAACGGUUUUCGGCCGGAGAUCAAGUCGGAAAUUCUAAGAACGGUGGGUUUCCCACCGGCCGCGGAAGAAAACUGGGAACAGCUGGACGACGGUCCGGCCUGGACUUGGUGGCUGCUGUCGUUGUUACCACUCGGGCAAACCGCUCAUGUAAGUAUAAUAUACAGUAAUGAGACAUAUUUUUACAUAGAUGGUAGUUAAAGAAAUAUAAAAUGGAAAACUCGAAUACUAGUAUUUUGGAAAAUAAAAUUCUAUAAACAAUAUUAUUGGGAAAAAAAUUAAAUAAAAAGUGACGAAAUAGUUUAGUUAUCGGAAUUCGAAAAUCACGGAAAACGAAAUGUUCGGUAUCUAAUCUGCUAGAAAUCUAUAUAAAUUGUCAACAUUUAAUAACGUAAAAAAAAAAGACAUCCUAGGAUAAUCGGGACGGGUGCAGCAACUGUUAAAGAUAAUUUAAUGUAUACCUGUAAGCAACGAUUAACCAUUGCUUACGAAAAAACGAUUCUGAGCGGAAUUCAGUUGAUAAUAAUGCUUGUUGUCAACAAUAUAUAUGUCAUUUUAUAGUAAAAUAAUUAAAUAGGCUUUAAAUAUUUUUUUUAAUAAUAUUUAUUUAAUGUUGUACCCAACAUUAAAUUGUUCCCGAUUUCCCUACGUUAUUCCCGGUUUUUCAUAUUUGUUGGGAAGAUCGAAAAAUGACCUUUCUAAAGUACCUCCGUAGUGAAAUUUAGAAACAUUGCUAUCAAUUUGGACCAAAAUUGUUGGUAGAAAAGUUGUGUACAGAAAAAAAGAAGGCCAUAAUAUAUUUUAAGUAAUACCUACAUUUCUUAUAAUUUUCCGUUUUUUUUUUUUUUCGGUUUUUCAAAUGUGAGAAAACUCCUGAGAAAAUCGACAAAUGAUCUUCCUAAAUUACCAUGUAGAUAAAUUUUCUUUCAGAAAAUAAGCUACACCUGAUACAUGGGAGCAAGAUUUCUAGUGUAAAAGUUUACACUACAAAUCGAGGGGUAUUUCACGAUUAAAAUAGUCCGAGGGAGCGAUUGCUCAAGUUUCUAGGUACAUCCAGAAUACAUUAGUUUUUUCCUUGUUUAGAUAAAAAAAAAAAUGCAAAACAUUUUUUUUCGUAAAUUUCCCAUUUUUCUUACGUUUUACCCGGGUUUUUCCCAGAUAUUAUGAAAACCGAUUGGAAAAUCAAAAACUGACCUCCCAAAAGUACUAUUGUCUAAAUAGUCUAAAUAGAAAACAUUCCCUUUCAGAAAUGGUGCCGCGCGUAUAUAUCUGAGCAAGAUUUCUGGUAGAACUUUUGUACACGGGAUAAAAAAAUAAAAAAAAUAAACGUCUUAUUAAAACCAGUACGUUCUUCGCUACACUCAAAAUCUAAAAAAUCUAUACGAUUUCGAUAGACUUGGGAGUCGGCGUGGUGUUUUUACGUAGCGACGCGCUACUAGCAUUUUUAUUUUAGACACGGCAAUUGUUGUUUACGUUAUUCUUAUCAUAUUAUUUUUUCCGAUACUUUGUGGUACCGUCCGCAGUAUAAUAUCGAAUCGCGUUGUUUCGCUCUUCGAACGCCGUGGCGCGUCGGUAGUUUUCACCCCCGCGUUUCGAAAAUUGAAAUACUCGAAUAAAGCGGCCGCGCGACCGCGUAGAAGGCGCGCUACUCGCUCCGGCGCCCCUGGUACCGCGGACGUCGAAGACGCGGCAACGGUAAGGCACUACCGUCGGGUCGCGUGCCACCGCCAUGCGACCCCGGUACCGCGGCCGUUCGACCGGCCGGCAACGCACUGGCCGACGGACGCCGGCGAAGACCGCCCGUACGUUAGCUUAGUCGACCAUGGGACCCUGGUAUCCGAAGACCGGAAUGUGACGCAAGAGCUGUUGCUUGACGCGUCGGCAACGAGCGCUUAUUGCGGACACCGCACGAAUCACACAACGCUAGUCAUCGCGUAUAUUUUACGCUGCACGUUCACAUCUAUAGACACUACUUACACUCGUCGGUUUUUCACAAAAGUAAACGUUUCCCGACGUUUUUCAUUCGUUUCUGUACCGUUGUUACCGGUGGUAAAUUAUCAAUGCAAUAUAGAUAUUUCGGAACUCAAACCAUUGACGAUGUUAUUAUUAUCAUUAUUAUCCGUACUCCGUUGCGAUUUCCCGUGUUAUUUAUCUAUAAGAUAUUCUGCUGGUCUCGGUUUUCGGAUUGUCAAACUCAUUUUGAUUGCGUAUACUAAUAACCCCAAACAGUAUUGUCAACGUUUCAUAAAUGUUAUACCCCAAAACUGUUAUCGUUUAGCAGACGCCAGUGUUUUUACCGAUUAACGAUCGACAUACAUAUUUUGUAAACAUCACUAAUCUUCGAUAAAAAAAAACACCUAAAAAUCGUGCUAUUUUAUCAAGCUCUGCAGUACCAGCACGUUUUCGUAUAAUAUGCGAUUCACUUAUUUACCAAUCAAAUUGUAUUCAAGCCGAUUUUUUUUUUUUUGUUUUAACGUCGUCGAAUUGUAAUGGUUUAUUCACUGGACAGACGAAAAAAAAUGUAUAUAUUAAAUAACUCGAUGAUGCGAAUUGCAGGUCAACGAUANCGUAUGUUAAUAAUAAUAAUUCUAUUUUUCGCACAAAAAAGAAUAUAAAUAAAAAAAACUGUGGGCCACUGUUAUAGUUGAGAAGGUUAGAGGGGAAAUUUAAUGGAUAUUAAUCAUUGAUAACGAAAAAUGAUUCUGAGUGGAGUUCGGUUAUACAUAUUUUGAAAGGCCUUAAUAUUUACGAUUUGAAAAUAAUAUAUUUUGUACAUUUUCCCAUUUUUCCUAUGUUUUUCCAUUUAUUAUGAAAGCCCCUAGGAAAUUCAAAAAAAAUAUCAAUGUAAUACACCAACAAGAAUAAAAUUUCCUUUCAGAAAAAGUGGUAGAUAUACUUUAAAAUUGGAGCAAAAUUUUUGGUAACCAAUCUGUUUACAGAAAAAAAAAACUAAAAUAAACAUCAUUGAAAAAUCAAUACAUUCCUCACUCCGCUCAAAAUCUAAAAUUGUAUUGUUACACCAAAUUACGCGUAUUAUUUUUUAUUUGAGAUGGAUAUUUUAAGUGGUUUUAGAAUAUAUUCGUCGUAAUUUCAAUGACUACAGUUCACGUGUAUCCAUACUUAUAUCGUUCGAAAACAUGUUUUACUCGUGUGAAUCGAUUUCAAUUAAUUUUUAUUUGUUGUAUAGAGGAAAACUACUUACGAGGCGCAUUGGACUUGGAUUUUGAAAAUUAUAAUUUUGAACGCUAUAAUUCGUGUUUGAAUAUGAUCAAUUUUUAAAAUUGUUCUAAUUAUAUUUUUGUUUUAACCAAAAAAAAAAAACAAACCGUACCGCCCCUUAAUAUAAAAAUUUUAAAUUUUAAGCAGAUUGAAUUAUUUGCUGAGAAUUAUUAAAGCUUGUUUAUUGUAAAUAUCAAAAAUUUGUUAUUAUAACCUGUUAACAAUGUGUAAAACCCCACGAGACCGUUUAUUUCUUCGGUUUUAAUUAAACGGGUGAAACGUCACAGCGAAAACGUGUUCACGCGAAACAAACGAAAAGGCAUUUGAAAUCAGUUUCAGAGAUAAAACGCCUAUAUUAUUUUAUACAAUUUGUAAACGAAGGCAAUUCAAGGACGACAUUUUUCUUUUUUUCUUCAAAUAAUCUCACAACUGUAUAAAUAGUUAAUUAAUAAUCAAUUAAGUAAAAAGAAAAAAAAAAUACACGAACAUCAACUUUAAAAAUUGGUGUUUUAAACCGAUUUUAUAGUCAUUUUCGUUCAAUUGUUUAACGUGAACUGCAUCACACUAUUGCUGUAUAUCGUGUAUGGAUAUAGACGGCAAACGUCGCUCGUCGGAGUUUUUUUAUUGAUGAAACAUUAAUUUUUUUACCGUUUUCAUCGUAACCACUCGUAAACGCUGAAUAGGCCGUAUAGUUUUACGGCCAUCUAUCAGCGUAGUAAUACGCAAUAAUUUAAUAUUUCGAAAAAAAAAAAAAAAAUUAACAGCGAUUUUCAAUAAAAUAUUAUACGCGUAUACGGUUUCAUUGUUACCUAAACUCGGGCGCGUUUUUUAUUUUUUAUUAUGUAAUAUUAUCGGCCACACGCCGUUAAUUUACGACGAUGAUAUAAUAAUGUGUAUCUAUAGAUAAUUUGUUGCCUAAUAAGGUCCAAUUAUUACAAUUUACGGACGGUAUAGGUAAAACUUUAUGUACAUAAUAUUUUAUAGGUACAAAUACUCGUUUAGUAGGCCGCAUUCCUAUAAAUAUCCCCGUCCCCGAGAACACGAGGCUGGAUUAUUGUUUAGGUUAUCGGGGUUACAAUAUUUCGGGUUGCGUGUCUCGCUUUAGGAUGAUAAUAAUAAUUUUAAUAUGUAUAUUACGGUGGUCCUUAUGGUAUUGAUGGAGAAAUUGUUUUUGUCAAUCCUAAAAAAUCCUAAAACGUGCAUCAGCGGGGUUAAAACGUCAACAAUUAAGUAUGUUUUGAAUUGAAUUUCCUCGAAUGAUCAUUUGCUCUCAAUAUAGCAAAACGAGGAUUAAAAACUUUUUGUUAGGUGAAUGGGUUGUGUAAUGAAAAACGAUUUUUAUAAGAAAUUUAAUCGAUAAUAUCGGCGAGCAUCCUUUUCUGAACUUUAACCUUUUGAGGCAUAUUUUUUCAUAUUGGGUUGACCGAUUAUUACGAAAUCAUACACAAUAUAUUUUUGUACGCCUAACAAAUUCGGGAGGUAGCCCGAUCAAGUUUAAAAAAAAACAAACAUUUGCCCUGCAACGUGUAUGGCAAUGUGUAACAGCCAGCUGUCCGCAGCUCCUAUUAAAGCAGCCCCCGAUAAAAAUUUCGAUUUUUAUCGCUUUUUAAAAGUGAUUAUUAUCGAUGCAUUAUGUAGUACAAAUAAUAGUCAAGCGCAGUUGGACGGGUAGAUAUGUAAAAAAAAAAAAAAAAUGUUUUUUUUGUUGUUAUUAUUCAUUAUUACGUAACGCGGUACAAACGCGUGUUCCACUCGUGACGGCGUUCACGCCGCACGGUCAGUCCCAAAGUCCCAAGUCAGCUGCCGGUUUAGACGAGAAGGAAAAAGCCAAACGGGCACAUUGUGCAAAAUAUCGCCCAGACACCUGCAUACACCUGCCUACUCGUAUAAUAAUAAUUACACGCUAUAAAAAUAUAUUAUUAUUAUAUAAAAACCGUUACUUAGCCAGAGCGGAUUUACGCAAUUAGUAUAGCGGUGACCCGAGGCCGAUUCGUUGCUCGACGGGGUCCUUAAUUUUACAUAAGUACACCUACAGCCGAAAAUUGUUUAGUACUUACGUCGUCCGUCGUCUAUAUUUAUUAUAUUCUGCGAUGAUGGUGCAACGAGAAAACCCGUAGAGAUUUGUACUCGCGUGUAUCAUAUAAUGCACACAUAUAUUUCUAAAACAUAUGUUUUAGAAAUAAUUGGUUGCAUCCAUCUGUAUAGCAGCUAUUUUGUUUAUCAUUAUUUUUAUGUUCUUUUUAGUUUUGUCCUUUUUUUUCUUUGCCGCCGUAUCUCUAGCCCCGACCACGAUUCGGUUUCAUCGCUCGAAUCCGUUCGUCCCCGUGUUUUUAUUUGUUUUUUUCUAUACGUCGUGGUGAUCGUGCAAAUAUUAUUCAUAGACUCCAUCUCAUAUUAUUUAUAAUAUAUUUUGCAGUAAACGGUGUACAAUUUGAAAUUCUCGGGACUAUCGGACCCGGUGGUGGCUCGUGUGGCGUGAUAAAUAUUGUGAAACUUACGUUGGGACGGGGUGUUAAUACACGGAGAGAAGAAUACAUUAGAAAAUAGAAAACGAGACGCUGCUAUCAUUAAAAUUAUUAUUUGUUGAUUUUAAGCGUCAGUCGUCAGUAAUUAUUUUGAAAAUUUAAAAAUAUUUAGAUAACUGCUUAUUGUUCCGAAACCGAUCAAUAUUGUACCUAACCUACCUUCUCACUAUGUUUUGAACGGAAUUGAUAUUAUAUAAUUUCGAAAGAUGGCAUUUAUAUUUAUAAAAUCUAAGUAGGAAUGUAUUUUUUGUAAUGAGAAAACCAUACCCUUAUUCGCUCCAUCUGAUCUCGGUCCUAUUCGGGUCGUACGAAAAAAAAAAAUCCGUAUCCGUACCAAUUUUUUUUUUUACGAACCGUCCUGUAUUUCCGGCAAAUCGUGUGGGUACUAAACUACGGCACGAGCGAUACCGGUAGUGUAAAAAAUAAAAAAAAAACAAUGUCCGUACCGUAAUAUAUUAUACUUUUUAUCUCGUCAAAACGUCGCCGCUGUCGGUAGUUCGGUACACGCUGCCCAAUAGUAUCUCGCGCAAUAUCAUUAAUUAUGGUGUUCUUGUUUUCGUUUGCAUUAGGUAUUUAUUUAUUUAUUUAUUUAUUUAUUUAUUUUGUUUUUUUGUUUCUGUCCUCAGACCGACCUUUUAGCCAACACAAGCAUACUAGUCCGGUUAAAAGUGAUCAACAAAAUCCUCAGUCGUAUCGAACAGAGCUCACUGUCCCGGAGGAUAACUUCGUGGUCGCCGUAAGAUAUCUGCCGACGAUGGAUACGACAAUAAUCAAUUACAUAUUAUUAUUAUUAUACCUAAUAUUACAUAAACAGUACGCGUUAAAGGCUUAUGCGUAGAAUAUUUCAUUAUUAUUAUUAUUAUUAUUAUAUUAUAAUAGACGACACAACCGGACGAUCGUACUUUAUACUUAUGUGAAAAAAAAUACCGCGUAAGUAGUAACCGCCGAGUGCCCGUCAACCGCUAUCAUUACCAUUGAUUAUACAGUACAGACGGACAACCCAUGAUGGUAUUUCGGAGAUAUUUGGCUGCUAUCAUUGCGAUGCAGCCGCCGCUAAAUGGAGCGUCAGAGUCGUUCGCGCGAGAAUCAAUGGAAACCACUUUGGCGCUGCGUCCCACGGGCGAUAGUCGAAUGUUAACGUGGGCACGGGCUCUCUGUACAAUGUACCUAAUAAUAUUAUAAUCAAUGCUACUGUAAUAUUAUUAUAAUCGUAUAAUAAUAUAAAUAUUAUUAAUAUUGCGCGCGCACACACUUGUACGAUAUUAUCUCAGAAAUAUUAUAAUAUCGUUUUGUUCGUUAUAGUUGUGUAUAUUAGGUAUUAUUAUUAAAUUUUGUUUUUUUUUUUUUUUUUUUUGUUUUUAUAAUACUACAAUAUCGUACAAUAUUAAAAUUCUGUGAUCUCCACAUCUGGUCAACUCAUCGGUCGACGAUAUAUGAUAUAUGAAUAAAUUAAAUAUUAAUAUAGCUCUAUCCUCGAAAAUAUAACGAUUUUUAUUUAAUUUAUUAUAAAUAUACCUACUACUUGAAUAUACCCCUUCUCUUGUUAUAGAAACGAAACAAAAGAGCAUUUGAAACGGCCCCUGCAGGGUCAGGUAUCGCCCCAAUAAUUACAAUACCGGAUUCUUGUUUUAUAAUUAAGUUUUAGUUUUUUUUUUUUUUUUCUUGUCAUACGCGCACAUUUUAAUUAUUUUAUCGCUUGUUACGAUUGCAAUGAUUUCUUACCUGUAUAAUGACCCGUAGUCAUAUAGUGCGGUGAUUUUUGGAGUUUUUCUCCGCCUCAAAAUCGUGAUUAUUAAAAUAAUAUUAAGCAAUCGUGGUGACCGAAUUUACAAUUAUGUUGGAUGUCGAUAAUUUUCUCAAUAUUUAUUAUAUUAUAAUAUUAUAUUCUUACCGAUGUUUAAGAACGCAGGUGAAGGGUGUUUUUAUAUUAUAUAGGUAUCUAUGUUAUAUUUGUUAGGUAUUUUUUUUUUUUUUACUUAUACUUCGUUUAUGUAUAAUUUUUAUAAUGUAUAAUGCUAUAAUAUCUUAUGAAAUCAAUGCUAUUACUCUUUAUUGUUUCACCCCCCUCCCCCCUUUUCUUAGCAAACGAAUCAUAUUGUAUUGUAUAAUUAUAAUAUAUUAUAGAAUAAAUUUUAAACAAACAAACUUAAUAAUAUUUUAUUGAGAAUUAUUCUAUUGUUAUUAUUAUUAUUACUAACUUACUAUCACACAUUUAGAUACGUAUUCGCAUAAUAAUAUAAUAGAAUAGAACUGAUAUAGAGAUCAUCCUGCGUUCUGUUAAAAUUCAUAUUACUAGUCGUUCAUAUUUUGAUAAUAUUAUUCUAUUGUGUCUUUAUAAUAAUAACAGUUAUUUUUGUUUAGGGAAUUUUUUUUUUAAAUUAUGUAUGUAUUUAUUUAUUAUAUUCUUAAACACACACUCACACAUACACACACACACACACAUGCAUAGAUAUAUUUAAUAUAUAUUUGUAUGUAUGUAAUUUAUUUAUUUAUAUAUAUAUAAUUUUUUGUUGUGAUAGCAUUAUUAUUAUUAGAUACCUAUAUUAUAAUGAUUUUUAAAAUGUUUAGAUAAUUAUUAUUGUUAGCGAUUACACACUUUCACCUAUAUUAUUAUGUGUAAUUGCUGCUCAUAUACCAGAUUUUUUUAACCAAAUAAAACUGAAAUUUAAUACCUAUAA